CGCAGCGGUUGUGAGGGAGCAGGGGGCGUGUCCCUGUGUCUCCAGACUCCGCCCAGCUCGGUAUCUGUGUGCUGCGCUGCUUACGGCUUGUUAUUGUUUUGGGGGAAGGGGAUCCUGGCAGGAGGGAGGAAACCGACCGAGACCGACGGGUGAAAGGACCGAGACCGCUCUCAGACAUGGGGAACUGUCACACGGUGGGGCCCAAUGAAGCCUUGGUGGUGUCAGGUGAGGAUGGAGUGUGACAGAGGGAGUCCCAUGGGGGCCUGGGUGUGUUCCCAGCAAUGGGUGUCUGUGGGGAGGGUCAUACCGAUAUUCACAUUAUACUGACCGAAUAGGUCCUCUGUGGGUCUACAUAACCCCAAUGGGCUGCUGCUCCCAUGGUGCAGUGACUAAGCAUUGUGGGUAAUGUAGGCAGCAGUAGGUGGAGUGCAAGCUGUAAGGGCAGAAGCCCUAGAUGUGGCUUUACUGGUCAAAACACGUGCUGAUACAUGAAUAUGUAAUAUAUAUAUAUAGUGUAUGACUUAUAUACAGUAUACACCAGCUAUGGUGGUAAGAAAGUGGAAGAUUCAAUUUCAGAAUCCUAAUAACUGUAUUAAUUCCAACUACACCUUAAGAGUUAUAUUUUAUUAUUAUUGAGUUAUACUAAGUAGUGUGUGAUUACGUCCCUACUUGUUGGUGUAUAUCACUUUGUCCCCUUCAUUAGGGUUGGCUCCAUGCUGUUAAUCUUGGGUGUCUAUUUUUGGACAGUUGCAGGAGUUUAAAAUGUCAUUAUCACCUAAUACCAAUGAUUUCUGCAUGGGCAGUCUGUGUACAUUUUGUCCAUUGAUGGUAUUUAUAGAUUAAAAAAAAAAAAAAAAUCCAACAAGUAUCAGUUAUUAUAAAGCAUAUUGCAUUCUGACAACACAGUGAAAAUCCAACAAGUAUCAGUUAUUAUUAUGGAGCAUAUUGCAAUCUGACAACACUGUGUGUGUGUAUGUCUGAGUGUAGAACUAGAAUCUGCAGGGAGUGGCAGGGUUUAGGGCUGGUUCAUUGCAGUGUAAUCAUCUAUUCCCUGGAGGAAGGAUAUACUGAUUUGACCCUUUCACUCCUGAUUGGAAUUUUUUUUUUUAAGCACUGAUGUAGAGCAUAUGCAAUUACAUAUUUUGUUCAGUGUGAUCUCCGUAAUGUUGAUUAUGAGGCGCUGACGCUGCAUUGGCAUCCCUUCCAUUUACGGUAAACACACUGCCUCCUUCAUUUAUUGGGAUAUAGAGUCAGAGACUCAAUCAUAGUUUCUGGUUUUCAAGUGAUAUAUAUCAUUUGUUUGUCUUGCCGUUACUGUUUACUAUUUAUUUUCCAAGAUCAAUAUCUUGUACUGUAUUAAAGUUUAUUGAACAUAAAAUAUAUGUAUAUAGCUAUAGACUUUUAAAUUAUGCAUUUGUUUUGUUAUUGGCAAUUAUAAUUAAUGAUUAUAUGAACAAUGAAAUUUCUGUGUGGUCCAGUGUUCUUAUAAUGAAAAUAACUGAAUUUUGAGAGAUAUUGUGCAACUCCUUUUUAAUUGUUUGUAAAUGACAUUGGCUGUAAUGGCAAAGAAUGGUGCAAUAUUUCUUGAUUACCAAGUUCUGUCACAUUCUUUGUGGUAAGAAAGCUGUACUCACUUUUAUUUUUUUGGCUUGAGUUUUCAAUUGCCUGGAAAAAGUCCAUUACAAGCAAAUGAUUGCCCUUUUAUUGAUUUUCUGGAUAUGUGAUAUCAAGUCUCUACAGAGCUAGAUGACCAGAUGGAUUGGCCCAGACAAAAUUAUGCUGGUGGUGUAAAAUGUCAUUGGUACAUACAGGGUUGCCACAGCAUGGAUUUAGCCAUCUUUCAUUAAAGCAGAUCUGUUUGGCUCAUCUAGUCUUCCCAAUUUUUUUAAAUACUUUCAUUAGUCCCUGGCCUUAUCUUACAGUUAGGAUAGCAUUAUGCCUAUCCCAUGCAUGCUUAAGCUCCUCUACUGUGUUACCCUCUACCACUUCAGCUGGGAGGCUAUUCCAUGCAUCCACUACCCUCUCAGUAAAGCAAUACUUCCUGAUAUUAUUUUUAAACCUUUGCCCCUCUCAUUUAAAGGACCACUAUAGUGCCAGGAAAACAAAUUAGUUUUCCUGGCACUAUAGUGUUAAUAGGUCCCCACCCUCACGGCCCCACUCCUGCCGGGCUCUAGGGGGAGGAAGGGGUUAAAGGCUUACCUUUCGUCAGCGCCGGGCUCCCUCUUCUGCCGAAUGCGCAAGAGCCGCGUGCGCAUUCAGUCAGUCCAUAGGAAAGCAUUCUCAAUGCUUUCCUAUGGACCAAGUGUACACACAGUGUAGGAUAAUAUUAUAAUAAUAGAAACCACCACUAGUGUGUAUGUGGAGCGCUUCAGAAAUGUACAAACUUACCCCUAAGGGUUAACACAUUUGUGGAUAUACAAAGGAAGAAACGUAUCACAGUACGUAUAUCUGAAAAAAUAUAAGUGCAGAUAGUGCAAAUAACUUAUGUAAGCUAUCAUAUAUGUGUAAAUGAUCUAUAUGGUUACACUCACAUGCCCAAGAGCCUUAUCGGAUAGGCUCAGAUCUCAAAGGCUUGCGUGUACUUUUGGUGACACAGUACCCACUUGAUUCCUUUUGUCUGUCAGUAAGUCUUAAUACAUAUAAAAAAAGGAAAGGGAGGGGAAAAGGGAAGCAAAGUGUCCCUAGUGCAGUAAAUUCCAAUGUUAUGUGAAUGAAAUGGUAGAAAAAAAUGGCUUCUCACCUGAUAAGGAGCCCACUACCUGGCUCCUGGUGUAGAGGUGUAUGUGCCUUUAAGGGGGCUUCAACCUUUCUUUUAGCAGCAAGGUAGAAGAUGGUAAUCGAUUUAUAAAACAAAAUAUAUUAAACAUAAGUGGUAAAAACGUACAAAAAAAGUUAAAAAAAAAUAUAUACUCUCCAAUCUUCUUUCCUAUGGACGCUGGCGUCUUCUCACUGUCAAAAUCACAGUGAGAAGCGCCGAAGUGGUCUGGGUGCCUAAUAAGACUAUGUCCUCUUGUUGUGGUAGUUUUUCUUCUUUUAAAUAUAGUCUCCUCCUUUACUGUGUUGAUUCCCUUUUUAUGUAUUUAAAUGUUUCUAUCAUAUCCCCCCCGUCUCGUCUUUCCUUCAGGCUAUACAUGUUAAGUUCUUUUAACCUUUCCUUGUAAGUUUUAUCCUGCAAUCCACGAACCAGUUUAGUAGCCCUUCUCUGAACUCUCUCUAAAGUAUCAAUAUCCUUCUAGAGAUUUGGUCUCCAGUACUGUGUACAAUACUCCAAGUAAGGUCUCACCAGUGUUCUGUGCAAUGGCAUGAGCACUUCCCUCUUUCUACUGCCAAUUCCUCUCCCUAUACAACCAAGCAUUCUGCUAGCAUUUCCUGCUGCUCUAUUACAAUGUCUGCCUACCUUUUUAAGUCAUCAGAAAUAAUCACCCCUAAAUCCCUUUCCUCAGAUGUUGAGGUUAGGACUCUAUCAAAUAUUCUGUACUCUACCUUUGGGAUUUUACGUCCAAGAUGCAUUAUCUUGCACUUAUCCACAUUAAAUGUUAAUUGCCACAACUCUGACCAUUUUUCUGGUUUACCUAAAUCAUUUGCCAUCUGGCUUAUCCCUCCUGGAACAUCAACCCUGUUACAUAUCUUAGUAUCAUCAGCACAAAACAUACCUUACCAUCAAGACCUUCUGCAAUAUCACUAAUAAAAAAUAAAGAGAAUGGGUCCAAGUACAGGUCCCUGAGGUACCCCACUGGCGACAAGCUCAUGCUUCGAAUAUACUCCAAUGACUACAACCGUCUGUUGCCUGUCACUCAGCCACUGCCUUACCCAUUCAACAAUAUUGGAAUCCAAAGUUAAAGAUUGCAGUUUAUUGAUAAGCCUUCUAUGUGCAACAGUGUCAAAAGCCUUACUGAAAUCUAGGUAAGCAAUGUCUACUUUACCACCCUGAUCUAUUAUUUUAGUUAACCAAUAAAAAAAAAAAAUCAAUAAGAUUAGUUUGGCAUGAUCUCUCUGAACUAAACCCAUGUUGUCUCGGAUCUUGAAAUCCAUGUGUUUUUAGAUGUUCAACAAUCCUAUCCUUUAACAUAGUUUCCAUUACUUUCCCCACUACUGAAGUAAGGCUUACUGGCCUAUAGUUGCCCAACUCCUCCAUAGUACAAUUUCUUGUGAAUGGGCACAACAUUCGCUAACUUCCAAUCUUUUGGGACUACUCCUGUUAACAAUGAUUGGUUAAAUACAUCUGUUAAUGGUUUUGCAAGUACACCACUAAGCUCUUUUAAUAACUUUGGGUGUAUUCCAUCAGGUCCCAUUGGCUUGUCUUUACUUUUGACAGUUGAAAUAGAACCUCUUCCUCUGUAAACUAUAGUUGCCUGAAUCCUCCCAACUACCUUUCUUGUGAAUGGGCACAACAUUCGCACAAUUUGCAAAAAACACCCAACAGUGACAUCAUGUCUGUGGGGGAGGAGGGGGGUUAUGCAAAGGUGAGAUCUACUUAGCUGUCUCUUGCCGCCAUCUUCUUCCUGUUGCUCUUCUUCAGUUCAUGGUGCUUCAGGAGCUAAUGUCAGCACUUUGCAAUUUUAUUUUAUGUGGACUUUAUUUAUUAUACCACUUUUUAACUCGCUUUUAAUUUGUUUUUUGGAAAUAACGGUCAGUGAACUUAUUGGGUAAAGAAGAAAACUCCUACAGCAUCAUUAAGGGAGUGGGGUCCCUUCUAACUUCCCCACCUGCACCUGUGGUGAGCCUUGCAUAUAGGCUCCAUAUUUGUGAGUACCAUAUUCUAGAGUUACUCAUCUGCUUACUGUAUUAUAUUUUACUGAAUUGCACUAGGCUUGGGCCUUGUCUUUCUGUCUUUUGGAAUGAUACCACAUGUGAAUACCAACUACACUCCACCUUUUUUUGUAUGUGUGUAUAAUCUUUAUUUUGUGUGUGUGUAUAGAGAGGUGAACACACAGGUGUUAGAGUGUGUUGGUGGAUUUUAGAUCACACAGCAGGACUAUGUAUUUAUUUUGUAUUGUAAUGUAAACACUGCCUUAUUUCUAAAAAACAGUGUUUGCAUGAAUAUGUCUGAAGGUAAUGAUUAUACUCACCAGAACAACUGCAUUAAGCUGUAGUUGUUCUGGUGUCCCUUUUAAUAAAGAAAUAUUCUUAUUGGAGGGGCUUGACAAUGCUGCUGUAAAGGCUUAUUCUAAGCACCAUAACCACUCCACAGAACUGUGGUAGGUGCAGUUCUAGGAGCGUUUGGCACUGUGUCAUUGUCAAGUCUAAGCGUUUUCAAAUAGUUUCACCCUAAGUUGAUCUCCAGGGCAUCCACAUUCUUGCUCUUUUUCAAAGAUAUCGCUAUGUUCCUCUUCACUCUAUCAAUACCAAUUCCAUUCAUGUUUGGACAAGGAGUGUGUGUGUUUAUUAAAAGGACACUGUACCUGCUUUGUCUUGUUAAAGUGGUUAUAGGGUCUGGAGUGCACUGGCAUCAUCCUUCCAUCCAGCAUUAAAAUGGUUUUAAUGGUAAAUCAAAGCCCCCAGCAGCCCACACCCUCUGUGCUGCUUGUACUAGUGAGGAAGAGUGUCAGCCGACCAUUUUUCAGCCAAUCCGAGUCUGUUGCUGGUAUUAAUUGGUAUGUCUAAAAGGAAGUGUGUAAUCUCUGCCUUUAUUAUAACUCCACUAGUGUCUGGCCUUGAUUAUUGCCCCAGUACUGAUGAUCUUAGCCAAUCCGAUGCUUUCACAUGGGGAAGCAUUGGGAGGCCAGUGCGCAUGCACAGCAAUAUAUCCUACAGUCAGAGACACACACUGUGUUGUAGAUUGAAAUAUGCUCCAUAGUAACUGAUGGCUGUUGUAUUUUAGGCUGAAAGUGCUCAACUAAUGCUCUCCGUCAAUGAGCCAGUCUGUUAGUUCAGUGGAGCUAACAGAAGCUCCUGGCCCCAGAGGAGGUAGCAACAGACCCCAAGUAAACUUGUCAGACUGGUCUCUAGUGGUAUAAAUACUUACAGUGGGAAGGCAACAUGGCUGUAGUAAGUAUGUAGUAAAACAUUCAGGUUUUUAUAAAAUGUUUGCUUGGUUUGUAGCAACAUAAGAUUCUUUCUUUUUUUUUUUUUUUGUGCCAGUUUAUACAAAAGUCACUGUUUCAGAUACAAACUUUUAGUCUAACUGCUCUCAUCACGUCCUGACAGCUGUCAUCGUGUGCUAUCAGCAGAGACAAUUGGCAAGACAUCAGUCGGUGAGGUGAUUUCAAACUAGUAGAGGGACCAAAUUAAGGGCAUAUUCUCUUACUAAUGGGGCACAUUGUAUACCACUAUGUUAAACCUGCACGGUCACUUUCCAAAUAUAAAAUAAAAAAAUAGUUCCUCUUGGUUUUGUUAUGUUGGAAUUCACCUUAGUUCGGUUAUAAAUAAGAACAAGCAGACACUACAUUUUGUCAUGAGGAGCGUCAUGUUUGGCAACAGGAGAUUCCUCUGCGAGGUUUCAUUUAAGUUGUUAACUAACCCAUAAGCAAUCAGUCAAAUGGUUCCCAGAGAAGGAUAAACUGCAUACAUCAUAGGAAGAGGGAUAAUAAAAUCCAGGAGCCUAGUAAUUGAGAUCUGGCACAAGGGAGACAUGAUAACAAAUAUAAAUAGUGGUAAAGAGGAGUAUAAUCAAAUUAAUCAGUAAGCUUCAAGGGGCAUGUGGAGGAAAAAAGACCCCUCAAGAUACAAUAUUAACUGGUUAGAUAUAGUUGUUGGAUAUAAAUCCCUCAACUCCUCCUCCUAAACUCGUAUGGUUUUUGCUCGAUCGAAGGUGUGUCGAGUUACGGCAGGUUCACUUUAAGAUGAAGAGGAAGUGGUUAUUUACAACAGAUUUAUGCUAAAAUCCGUUGAUUGCUAAUUACGAGAGUUCAAAAGACCAACAUCUAGUUCUGCCUUUAAUUCUUUCAGGGUUUAUUCACUCUGCGUUAUUCAGGAAGCUGAAGAAAGGGAAGAGUUCAACUGGGAAGAGUUCAUGAUUUUAUCUGAUUUCAAAAUAAAUAAAUGAAAACGUGGGCCCGUAGUGUCUUUGCAACGUAUCCACUACACUAGUUGUUAUGGUGUUAAGUCACGUAAACACUUUCAUUUAGUUUACUUCUUAUCUGGAACAGUUUCCUUUUUGAUAUUUGCUGCAUUUUCUACUUUUGGCAAUGGAAAUAAAACUGAGCAGCCACGAUCGCGUGUAAAAGGCAGAUUUAACAAUAACACUGCAUGAAAACAGAUGUUUAAAAUGAGAUCCUGCUAAUGCUCAGAUUUCUCAAAGAUAAUACUUUGCUUUUUGUUAACACAGUAUCCUUUCUUGUAACAUAUUCAUAUAUAUAUCUAUCUAUCUAUCUAUCUAUAUCAGGUCUAUACUUUUUAUCUGCUGCUUGAAAUGAUAAAUGGUCUGUCAUAAAACAAUCAGCAAUUAUAAAGUAAUUUAACUGUAGUCAGAUAAUGUAGUACACAAAUAAAUGUUAGGCUCUCAUUCUGAAAAGGAAUUAUUAGGCCAAAUCCGUUGCUUCUGAAAUGGCUGAGUGCGUAGUCCUGGUCUAGGCACAAAUAUAAGGCGACUUUACCUUAAUCUGAGAUAAAAGAACACUUGUGUAGAUAAAAUGAGCAAACCACAAUGAACUGUAUUUCUAGAAAAACUGCUUUAUUACUCCCCAUUGAUAAAUGCAACCAUUUUAGUUUUGUAGUAUCGUUAGUAUUGGUAACAAUGCAAAUGGGUUCAUUCAUAUGCAGUGGUGUAAUUUCCAGAGAAGUGACUUUUCAUUCACAUAUGUCCUUUUAAUGAAAUACUUUGUGAAAGGUAUCAGGUUACAGGUUGGUGGCCAUUUUGAGUCUAAAACAUUUUUUGAUAUUUGUGCAGUUGUUUUAUAUGUUAUAGAGGCUGUUUGCCACAUGGUGUGGCAGGUGUGUGGGGUUUUUUUUUUUUUUUUUUUUGUGGUAAGAUUUAAAAAAAAAAAAAAAAAAAAUCUUUUUAUAAAACCACUUACGCAGAUAUGAAAAUGUUUUGUGUGAUUUCAGACUUGUUAAGUUGAAGAAAAUACAUUUUAAUUAAGGAAAAAGUAGGCACAUGAUUAUUCAGUAUACUCCAACUAACUGAUUUGAAAAAUCCAGCUUGAUUACAGAUUGGCUAUUUAACCCCUUAAGGACACAACUUCUGAAAUGGGAAUCUUGACGUAAUAUUUCCGUCAUGUGCCCUUAAGGGGUUAAAUCUUAAUUCUUCCAUUUGGAUUGAAUUUAUUAAAGGGACACUAUAGUCACUAAAACAACUAAAGCUCAAUGUACUUGUUCUAGUACCUGUCCCUACAGGUAUUUUCAUGUAAACACUGCCUUUUCAGAGAAAACACAAUGUUUACAUUACUGCUUAGGGACACCUUCAAUGACAGUUACUCAGAUGGUCACUAGAGGUGCUUCCUGUGUCAGUGCUGCAUAACUGAUUCAAUGCAUCUCUAUGAGGAGAUGCUGAUUGGCCAGCAUGGUGUUUUACUGUGCUUGCGCAGCAAUAACCUUCCAAUGCUUUAUUAUGGGAAAGCAUUGGGUUGGCUGAGAUUGUCAAUUCUGAUGAUCUCUGCCAAGGAGGCAGAUGGGGGGCAGAACCUAGCGUCAUUGGAAUAAAGGUGAGUUUCACCCCUAUUUAACAGGGGUAAAGAGUGGAUGGGCACCUACAUAAGUGUUUUUUAACACUAGUGUCAGGAAUACAUGUUUGUAUUCCUGACACUAGUGUUUUAUUUUUUUUUGUUUUAUUUAUUUAUUUUUAAUUCAGAGUUUAGUGAAUAAUCCUGACUGUACUUUAAAACGAGUGUGUUGAUUUAAAAAAAAAAGAAAAAAAAAAAAAGCUUUGUAUUCUGCUGCGUGCAAUAUGAAGCCCCUAUGCUUUAUGGUCAGUUGGCCAUAUUGGUUUGUAUGACGACUGGUGUAAAAUCUCAAAUAUUCGUAAUUUAGUGUUCACCACACCUAGUGUCUACAGUCUGAUCUCAGUAGGAUAAAGAGGAGAAUUUUGCUUGCUGUACCACAUAGGAAACUGAAACCCUGAGCAAAUAUCUCUCUCUCUAUAUAUAAUCUAUCUCUAUAUCUCCAUGUUUCCUAAGGAUUGGUUGGACCUCCUUGUGUUUAAAUUUUUGGGGGAAGAAAAGAUCAGCAUCUCAAUGCAAAUGAACACAUUUUAUACUUAAUUUUUUUUUUUUUUUUUUGGAUGAUGAUUAUAUAUAAUUAUUUUUACCUAAUAAUAAUAAUAAUAAUAAUAAUUGUGCAUGCUGUUUAACAGGGUUGUUGACUAAAGUGAAAUUUCCAAGUAAAAUCAAUGGAAAAUUAAGGUCAGAGUAGAUGGAACGAAAAAAUAUCUUUCUACUUGAUCAAUUUUGACCUUAAAUGUAAAAUUCACCUUGUAUUAUCUUUAGUAAAUAACCAUGUAAGUGUAACUAUUCUGUUAAGAGCACAAGAAGCACACAAAUUGUAGAAAUCUGCCUUAUUUUAUUUGUUUGAUUAUGAGUGUGGCAAUGUCUGGAGAGUAUUAAAAUCACGAGAGGUCAAACUGCAUUGAGCGUAAUGAACAUAAUCUAAUAAAAGAGAGCACACAUCCUGCAGGAGUGCAUUAGUAAUACUUACAUUAUAUAGUAGACAGUACUGUGGAAUUAAAAUAAACCUCUACUUGCCCAAGGGAUUAAAGUGGUAGCCCAAUCUAUUUAGAUUGGGGGCUCUUGCCUAGAGCCAUUGACAUAGGCAGGGCUAUUUGCUAAACUCAUUUUCACAAAUUGAAUCUGAAUGGAAAAAUGGAGACAAAAUAGCUGACCUGAAAAUAUUGUUUCACUUUGCUAUAGUUAGAACAUGGGUGUUUUUGCUUCAAUUUUGCCAUUUGGAUUUAGUUUACAAAAAGUGUAGUCUCUGUCAUGGUGUGUCUGUCUGCUGGUUGUAUGUAAUGUAUGUGCGGUGUGUGUGUGUGUGUGUGCUAUCUGUAUAAAGUAAUGCUUAUAAUAUAUACACGUGUAAAUAUUAAUACACAUAUUAAUGUAUAUAUGGAUGAUUCUCUCAAAUUAAAGUUAAAAAAAAUAAUUGAAUUUGUUAAAUCAAACUUUGUCCUCACUAACCUCUACACACUACUUUGAUGCAUACACUGCAAUAAGCAAUCACUGGUCCACACACUGUCAUUCUGACACACACCCUCUGACCCAUACAUUGUCAUUCUGACAUCCACAAAAACAUGCACUUUCUUACUGAUACUCACAGGCAAACUAACUGUGACGGAGCUCCUGUACUCCGACCGAGUACCUUCACCCAGUCUGCUUCCUAGCUGCUUGCAGGGACCCUGAAACACUUCAGCCCCAGUUGCCGAAGCUUGACUGGGGUCCUUCUGGAGCUUUUCCACCCGACCAGGCUGCAGCUCUUCUUCCAGGCAGGUAUCGUUCCCAUUCCAUAUUUCACAUUACCAGCAGCCUUAAUCUACAGUCAUCUCACUGCACUAAUACUACCCCUCUCAUUCCACCCCACCCCCCCAACAGCCCUGGGCUGAAAGGAUAGAAAAACUGCUUGCCCGGCAACUGGAACUGCAUGUCUCUGGCUAUGUAAAUUCCACGUCCCUGGUAGAUCUAUAUUUAAAGGAAGGAAAUGGAGAAAACAAAAAAUUGACAAGUUAACUAUUGUGAUGUGUAUUUGUGUGUGAAAAUAUAUAUUUUCUAACACCUCCUAAAAUGCUAUAAACCAAUCCCUGCUUAAAGUAUACCUGUCAUGGUACAUACAACUUUCGUCUAUACACAUAUAUAGAGUGCGAGAACAAUAUUUAAAUAUAGAAGUGUGUCCUGGGCUGUGUCUGAGACUGCGGGUACCAUGUUGUAUAGCUUGGGUGUUUAAAGGAACACUAUAGUCACCUGAACAACUUUAACUUAAUGAAGCAGUUUUGGAGUAUAGAACAUGCCCCUGCAGCCUCACUGCUCAAUCCUCUGCCAUUUAGGAGUUAAAUCCCUUUGUUUAUGAACCCUAGUCACACCUCCCUGCAUGUGACUUGCACAGCCUUCCAUAAACACUUCCUGUAAAGAGAGCCCUAUUUAGGCUUUCUUUAUUGCAAGUUCUGUUUAAUUAAGAUUUUCUUAUCCCCUGCUAUGUUAAUAGCUUGCUAGACCCUGCAAGAGCCUCCUGUAUGUGAUUAAAGUUCAAUUUAGAGAUUGAGAUACAAUUAUUUAAGGUAAAUUACAUCUGUUUGAAAGUGAAACCAGUUUUUUUUUCAUGCAGGCUCUGUCAAUCAUAGCCAGGGGAGGUGUGGCUAGGGCUGCAUAAACCGAAACAAAGUGAUUUAACUCCUAAAUGACAGUGAAUUGAGCAGUGAAAUUGCAGGGGAAUGAUCUAUACACUAAAACGGCUUUAUUUAGCUAAAGUAAUUUAGGUGAUUAUAGUGUUCCUUUUGACUGUGUGGAUUGUAUCACUCAUUUGAGAGGUAGGGUAGUUAGGGCAGGCAGGGUUAAACUUACUCGAAGCACUUGUGAGUCACAUUACUAGAUUGGUAUGAGCCCAUAAGUCAGGUAACAUGGAUAUCUAGGGUUAAUAGUGUGUUAGGGUUCGGAGGAUGGAGUGCGCUUAGGGUGCUUUCACACUUCCAUCUUACCCUGGGGUUCCCGUGAGGCUAUUCUCGCCCUGUGUGCUAAUUGCCCUAGAACAUUGCAAUUUUUAACUUUGCUAACAAAAACAGUAGAGAGCACCUGCUGACCACAUGGUGCUUGGAGCUUGUCCAGCGGCAUGUUCGAGGGUAGCUUUGAGUCCAUGUGGAGUGGGUGGAGGAGACUCGGAGAGUGCCGCCUGAGUCCCUUCGAUAGUGACAGUUCCCGUCGUUGUUCUAGGUGGGGAAUCUUGAGGGUCCCCUCCGCUUGCUGGGUUCGUGGGUUGGGUCGCUCAGGGCAUUGGUCCCGACGGUGCCCUGUCUUUGGCAGGGUCAGUCGCUUGGGUGUGCAGGCCCGCCGGGAGCCCUGUCUGGGCAGAUGCCUUUUACUGGCUCUCUUUUUAGGAGGACAGUUACUUCUGCGUGGUAAAUUUGAUAACGGUACCUUCGGCGGGCUUUCAGCCUGCCUGUGUGCUUCCUCUUGUCGUGUCUUGGUUGCUAUUUUCUGCCAGAACUCUGCAGGUAUAGCCUCUAGCUUUUCCAUAGAUCAGGUAUUUCAGCGGCCUGAGUGCACGUGGCGGCGGCCAUAUUGUGGGGCCGCGCCUCAUCUCGCUGCUCACAUACCUCUCUCAUCAGGGUCUCUGCCCAUGUGUGUCUUCUCGGGGUUGGACCGGGAUAAACCCCACUGAUCUGGCGGGGGCAGGGUGCCCGCGGCUCUGGUCUGUGGACUGGGAGAGCAGUUGUCUCUCCCCGUCUCCUUCGACUGCAGGCCACGGCUAGCCAUCGUGGGCUCCCGAUCACCAGGACUUUCAGGUAAAGUGUCAGGCUUAUCACCAGGUCCUCCUGUAUUUAAGUAGCGGAUCCCGGUUGAGCGUAUCUCUCGCUUUUUGGCGAGUAUUCAUGGAUAAUCGGUUAGUAAAGUGGGAGCUCAGCUUUCAUGCGUCUGCUCUGCUUGCUGACUUGGCCCCGCCCCCUGAAUUCUGCCGAUUUUUAUUAGAGCCAAUAUUGGGCAUGUUUCUGAUAACUGGUAUUGGUCUUGUCAUUUAGCUAUUAUUACUGAUAACUUACUAUCCUCUCCCAGUCAAUGCACGCCGCCUUCCGCAUCCAGAAACUCUAGCUGCCAGACAAAAAGGCACCAUGUCACGACAUCGCAUCAUCUCUCCCUGUGAGUCCCCUCUUACGGAACUCUGCUGAAGGCAGGAAGGUGUGACCGUGCGUAAUUUACUGUAAUGUACUGGGCUGACUGAGAGUGAUGGGAGUGUGAUUGCUGUCAGCAGUCACACUCCUGUCGGUAACAGCACUGUACAUGCUAUCUGAGAGCGAGAGGAGUGUCAUUGCUGACAGCAAUCGCAGUCCUAUGAGUAACAGAACUGUGCAUGCUGGGACCUUGCUGAUCCUUGUAUGUGCUGGCUGCCUGAGAGUGAUUGUGAUUGCUGUCAGCAUGCUCAGUUAAUGCCAGAUUUGUGCAAACAUUGUAAUACUUUUUAAAAACUUUAAAUGUACAGAAUAUUGGCACCUGUUAUUGGCAAUCGGCCUAAAAUGUGACCGAUAAUCUGUCUCAGUGUCGGCUCUGGAAAAUUAUAUUGUCAAUCCCUAUUAAAAAUCCUGGGUAGUGACUGCUCCCCUUUAUCCUACAAUAAAGGGGGGGGGGGGGAGAGAGAUAGAGAGAGAUCCACCCACACAGGACUGGGCCAAUGCGUUUGGGAGGAGGUUGUGUAUUUAUGAAUGCACAUGAAUUGUCAUUGUUCAAAUUCGCCUGAGUAUUUGCCUGCCAUCUUCCCAUGUCACUAAUUCACUUCCUCUAUAUACCAAGUGGAGAAAUGGAGCCAGUGAAAUGUAACUAGCCCCCAAUUACCAUAUAACACAGCCCUGGCACCUCUAUAGGACACAGUGUGACAUCACUGCAGAAGAAGCUGGUGCUCAUAUGUAUUGGGUGAAACUUGAUUCUGCUGCACAUCAUAUAGUUGACAGGGGGAACAAGGAAAAAAAAAAAGGUUAAUUAAGGUCAGUCAUGCCUAAGGAUGACCUUAAGUCCCUUUAAAUAGUAGUACACUUCACCUAUACACUGUGCAAGUAGAAUUGCUAACACGGUUAUAGAUGUGAUAUGUUUUAAUAAUAUUUUUAAAGUGACAGCGCUACAAAGUGGGGAGGUAUUUGAGUAUUAGGGUCUUCUUGCAACAGAAGAUUCACAUUUAUCUUUAUGAUAAAUUCUUUUCAUUAGCUGUAGGACUGAACGCAGGAACACAAGCUUGUCAUGAGAGGUUCACUUUAAAUGACUAAUGAUGGCGAUUUUAGUGAAAGACACUUGGAACCUGGUUUGAACUACUAAGGAACUUGCUCUUCAAGACCUAUUCUUGACAUUUUAUCGGUAGAGUGAAGUAAGGAAAUACAAAUAAACUGGAUUUACAGGUUUAAAAAAAAAAAAAAAAGGUUCACCUAUGUAAAUUGAAGGAAUCUGUCAGCAUUCCAAACAUCAUAUGAGCUCUCUGCAAAACAAACAAAUUAUGUAAUCUGUUACCUGUGCUGAGGGCAAACAAAUAUGGUGGCACAGACAACUGCCAACAUUGUCAUUGUCUUCGCUCUAUACUUUACCAAGACAUUCUCUGUAAUUUUAAGGAUUUCCCCACUAUAAACCUAUAAACACAACAUGCAUGAUUACCCAGUGAUUUAUGCUGAAUUUUAAAGUGAUACAAUUGCUUGAUUAAUUCACAGACCACGAUCUCUAUUCCUUUUGUACUAGUUUGUCUAAUUAAAAAACAAAACAAAAAAAAAACCUAUAUAUUUUAUAGCCGUUGUAUAUUAUUUUGUAAUAAUGGCUUAAUCUUGCUCUGAUUGCAGCCAUCUUUAGUCCACUUUGAUCAGAAGCACCUCUUCUAAGACAGCGUAAAGACCCAGUGUGCAUAUGUUGACAUGCCCUGUGCUUGCUCAGAUGUCAGGAUUGAUGAGUGCAUACUAGGUAGACUAGCUAUGUGGUUUCUGAUCAGAUAAGUUGUGCUUCUGAUGAAAGAGGCGUUUAAUGUCUGACCUGUAGAGAGAGCAGCGAGGGUACACCAGGAGUUACAUCAAAAAGCGUUAUUUACUAUUAUUUAUCUUUUAUGUUAAAUUAAGAAAUGCUAAAUAAAUCGACUGCUAAAUGGUAUCAAUGUUAUCUCUACUGGUAAGGUAACCAGCUGAGCAGUUAUGUCACAAGACAAAGAGUAAGCAUGAAACACAGUUUUACUUCUUCAUACAGUAAAUAACAUGUCUCCAGUGUCCCAGCCGUCUACUAAGCCAACCAAAAAGGGAUAGAUCAUUAUUAUUAUUUUAGGUCUAGCCUCUUGUUCAGAAUAUUGUCUAACUCUGCACUGUUAGCCAAGUUUUUCCCAGGUUGCAAGUGGUGGUUAAAAAAAAUAAAAAAUAAAAAAAAUAUAUUAAAACCUAAUUUUCAAGUAAUAGAACAAUUUAGAGGGUCAAAAACAGGGCACUACAGUUUUUACACAAAUCGUAUCCCCUCUGAAUGAGUAAAAAGUAGCUAUUAUUUUUUUAGUGAGAACAAACCAGUUUUAUAUUGCAUGUCGUUGUUGCAAAGAAUCUGAGCUUCUCACUUGUGAGUACAACCAAAACCCUCAGCACUAGAAUGAAUGACAAACAACCUUAUAUUUCUGUAGAUAUAAACAAAUAGAGGAAAUUGGAGAGAGAGAAUUGCCAUAUUGCAAUUAGCAGGAAAAUAUAGGAAAACCUAAUGAGCAAAAUGAUUUUGGUGGGGAGUAGAGAUUUAACAACUCCUAGUUUAAGCUGAGCCGUAUUUAGAUUGUAGAUGAUUAGUAAAGUCACAUGUAAGGCAAUAUCUUCACAUGGGGAAAACAAGUAUGAAGAAAGAGAAUUAAAAAAUAAUUAUAUGUGUGUUAUACAGUAAUAAUAAAGAAAGCAUGCACUGACCUAAGAUCAAUGGGGUUGCUAAAAUUAUUUAUAUAUCGCCAGCAAAUUCCAUAGCGGUGUAUGAAUUGUUUACAUAAAUACAGCACUUGAUUUAAUCUGAGCCAGUUGUGUUGUGUUAAAGUUAGAAAUUCCAUGAUUGCCAUAUUUAAUUUUUAAAUUGAUCAUGUUUAGUUCUCAUGAACUGUUUACAACUUAACUCAUUUCCACUGACACCCACUUCCUUUGUGGUGAGCUCCCAUCAGACAACUGUACUUUUCCUAUAAAGUAAACCAUGUUUUUUGGAGGAGAGGAGGGUGCAUUAUUACUGUAGUAGACAACACAAAUAGUUCUACAUAUCCCUUUAAGAAAUACUUAUCUACCAAUUAUUGCAGCACAAAUAACCUAUGUUGCUUGAAAGGCAAUUUGUGUAAACACAUGAAUCCCCAUGGCACCUCACUAGAAUAUCAACCUCUCCCAACUGUAAUACUUUAAUGAUAUCAACCGAGAAUGUUUUACUGUUUAUAUUCUGUAUAUAUUUUUUUCCGUUACAAGAAUUUAAAUGCACAUUUACCUAUCUUCCCCAAUGCUUAAAGUAUAUUUACGUGUGCCUACACUUGCAUCCCUCUUGACUUUACUCCCAGAGCGCCUCUUUCCAACGUUCUCAUGCAGACCAAUUAUAUGCGCACUCAUGGCUGGUGAAGGGAGGAAGAAAUAGUGAGCACAGGGAGGGUAGCACUACAAUUUUAAAUAAAAACCAUCUGUAAAGUAUAUGUGUGUGUGUAUGUAUAUAGAGAUAUAUACAUAUGUAUAUAGAGAUAUAUACAUAUGUAUAUAUAUUUCGUUCUAUGUGUAUUUUGAGAUAGAUAGAUAUAUAUAUAUAUAUAUAUAUAUAUAUAUAUAUAUAUAUAUAUAUAUAUAUAUAUAUAUAUAUAUAUAUAUAUAUAUAUAUAUAUAUUUUUUUUUUUUUUUUUUUUUUUUAAUUAAACGUAUUUACAGAUUUAUUUUAUAUUAUAUAUAUAUAUAUUUAAUCAAUAUCAUUGUACGUGUGAGUGACUUCAAGGAUGUAUGAAUGGUGGGCAGGCAGAGCAAACUUCCCCAUGGUAUUUGGCCCCAUCUGUUGCCAGCGCCCUGAUGACAGACUUAUAAUAUACAGUACAGUUUGUCAGUUCGGGGUUGAUGGUGUAACAAGCCCCCCGCACACAAUUCCAAAUAUCUCUGAAUGUGCAAUGCUUCAAGCUAAAUCUGCACAUACAGACUCCUACCACUAUGACCACUUCUAAAAUCUGUAGUGGUCAUGGUGGUUGGUAUAAUCCUUUAAAUGAGCCCAGGAGCAAUAUACUGGAGCUACUUUCAUGUAAACAUUACAUGCAAACACACCUCUGUAUUAAAACGCUAAAAUGAUAUACAAACACCAACUCUACACACACAAGCACACCUGCUCCUUACUAUUAUAAUCUGUUUACUGUCUGUAGAAACUAGUGUAUGUAUACCAAAAAACUAAAACUUGCUUUUAUAAAAAAAAAAAAAGGAAAACAUUACACUCUGCUAAUUUAAAGUUUUGUGCAACUUUUGGUAUUCCACGUUGUUGAUACACUACAUCUAAAGGGUUCAGCGGUUAAAUUAAUUGGAGGUUUUUAUGUCCUGCUCUGUUAAUUGAAGUUUAAAUACACAGGAGGCUCCUGUAGGAUCUAGCAGGCUAUUAACAGAGCGGGCGUUAAGAAAUGAUAAAUUAAGCAGAAUGUGCAAUAAAGAAAGUUUCACCAUUAGAUCUCUAAUUACAAGAAAUGUGUAGAAAGACUGUGGAAGUCACAUGCAGGGAAGUGUGACUAGGGUUGCAUAAACAAAGUGAUUUAACUCCUAAAUGGCAGAUAAUUGAGCGGUGAGACUGCAGGGGCAUGAUCUAUACACUGAAACUGCUUCAUUAAGCUAAAGUGGUGCAUAUAGUGUCCCUUUUAAUGCUAAAGCAUUCAAAAGUGGUUUAACACUUAAAGGUAGGUAAUUUAAAUUAUUUUUAUAUAUAUAUAUAUAUAUAUAUAUAUAUAUAUAUAUAUAUAUAUAUAUAUAUAUAUAUAUAUAUAUAUAUAUAUAUAUAUAUAUACAUAUAUACACAUAUAUAUACACAUAUAUAUAUAUAUAUAUACAUACACACAGUCUACGUGUAUUUUAAUAUAUACAUAAUUCUAUUAAUAUCAAAAUACACGUACAAUGAUAUUGAUUAAAUAUAUAUAAUUUUUAUUAUAUAUAUAUAAUAAAAUAAAUAAAUCUGUAAAUACGUUAAAAAAAUUAAUAUAUAGAUAUCAAAAUACAUGUAGAACUAAAUAUAUACCUAAGUAUAUAUCUCUUUCUCUAUUAUAUAUAUAAAAUAGAGAAAGAGAUAUAUACUUAGGUAUAUAUUUAGUUCUACAUGUAUUUUGAUAUCUAUAUAUUAAUUUUUUUAACGUAUUUACAGAUUUAUUUAUUUUAUUAUAUAUAUAUAUAUAUAUAUAUAUAUAUAUAUAUAUAUAUAUAUAUAUAUAUAAUAAAAAUUAUAUAUAAUCAAUAUCAUUGUACGUGUAUUUUGAUAUUAAUAGAAUUAUGUAUAUAUUAAAAUACACGUAGACUGUGUGUGUGUGUGUGUAUAUAUAUAUAUAUAUAUAUAUAUAUAUAUAUAUAUAUAUAUAUAUAUAUAUAUAUAUAUAUAUAUAUAUAUAUAAUCUAAGUAUAGAUGUUAUUUUACACUGUUUUAACAUUUAAUUAUUUUAUUUUCAGACAGCAGGGAGAGUACCUGUCAUAACAGGCACUCCCCCUGCUGGCAAUGCCUUGGACAGCUAUGCCGUCCAUGUGAUCGUGAGGUCCUCGCAAGGACCUCGCGAUCACAUGGCCCAGGGUGGCCGAAGAGGAAGCAGGGUGAGUCCCCAUACCGCGAACGCCGGCGACCGGGUAAGUACAAAGGACGGUUUGGGCGUUCUAUGCCGCCCUGCGGCGUUUAGAGCCGCUUCCUUAAGGACAGCAUAGAACGCACGCCAUCCGUAAGGGGUUAAACACUGUCUUGCAGAAAUUGUUUUCUAAAAGCUUUGCUAUAUUUAAGUAUACAUGUAUUUUAUACAUGCAAUGCAACCUCCUACAUACACUUCACUCCACAAGAACGUGGUCUAUUCUAAAAGGAACCAAAACUUCCUCAUGGAAAGUGUUUUGUCGACUUUCUGCUAAGCCAACAUUUAGCUCUUAGAAUGGAAUGUGGUAAGUGCAAAGAGGUUUUCACUUCUGUAUUUAUUUAUUUUUAACAACCACAAUAAGCUGCAGUGAUUAUGAUACUUGGAAGAUUCCCUCUUAACCCCUUAAGGACCGAGGACGGUUCAGGACCGUCAUCGGCAUUUUUGCCUUGAGGACCGAUGACGGUCCUGAACCGUCCUAACGGUCAGAGCUACUUACCUGAUCGCCGUCGUUCCCCCGGCGGCGAUCAGCGUGGCUCCGGUUGUGGGGAGACUGCCUGCAGCCCAGACAGUCUCCCACACUGAAUUAGGACCCCUGUGGCCAUGUGAUCGCUUAACACAGCGAUCACAUGGUCACAAUAGGUGUCCAUGUGUCUGCCUGCAGGGGGACUGUCUGUGCUGACAGGCAGUCUCCCUGCAUGUGUAAAAUCAAAAAAAAAAAUAAAGUUAGUGUUAAUUAAAAAAAAUAAAAUAAUUAUAUAUGUGUGUAUAUAUGAUAUAUAGACAUAUAUUAUAUUUAUAUAAUAUAUGUCUAUAUAUCAUAUAUAUAUAUGCCAUACUAAGUGUAUUUUUAUAUUAAUAUGUACUUAUAUUAAUAUAAAAAUACACUUAUAAUUAAAUUACACACGUGUAUAUAUAUAAUAUAUAUAACUAUAUAUAUAUAUAUAUAUAUAUAUAUAUUGUGUAUAUAUAUAUAUUAUUAUAAAAUAUAAAUAAUUUAAAUUAAAUAAAAUUUUUUUUAAAUAAUAAUAAAAUUUUUUAAAAUAAUUAUAUAGCUAUAUGAAAUUUUAUUCUAACUGUAUUUUAAAAUUAAUAUAUAUAUUUAUAUCAAAAUAGACUUAGAAUGAAUUUGUAUAUAUAUCUAUGUAUAUAAAAAUAAAUAAAAAUAAUAAGAAAUAUACAUACGUCCAUAUACAAAAUUACAUAAAUAAUUAUAUAAAUAUGCACGUAGACUUCAAAUAUCUAAAUAUGCAUAUAUAUUUAAAUUCUACGUGCGUAUUUAUGUAAUAUUUUUACAUAAUUCAGUAAUUUUAUUGAUUGCAAUUUGAGGGACCUGCCUGCCAACCCAGGCCGAAAUUCCAGAGAAUUUAAUUUGCUAGCACUGUAUUUUACCCUGUAACGUUCUACGACACCCUAAAACCUGUACAUGGGGGGUACUGUUUUACUCGGGAGACUUCGCUGAACACAAAUAUUAGUGAUUCAAAACAGUAAAACCUAUCACAGCGAUGAUAUUGUCAGUGAAAGUUACUUUUUUUGCAUUUUUCACACACAAACAGCACUUUUACUGAUGAUAUAAUUGUUGUGAUACGUUUUCCAGUUUUUAAACACUAAUAUUUGUGUUCAGCGAUGUCUCCCGAGUAAAACAGUACCCCCCAUGUACAGGUUUUAUAGCAUUUUGAAAGUUACAAGGUCAAAUAUAUGGGUCAAAUAUUUUUACAUUGAAAAUGGCCAGGUUGGUUACGUUGCCUUUGAGAGUGUAUGGUAGCCCAGGAAUGAGAAUUACCCCCAUGAUGGCAUACCAUUUGCAAAAGAAGACAACCCAAGGUAUUGCAAAUGGGGUAUGUCCAGUCUUUUUUAGUUGCCACUUAGUCACAAACACUGGCCAAAGCUAGCGUUCAUAAUUGUUUCUUGCAUUUUUAACACACAAACACAUAUAAAUGCUAACUUUGGCCAGUGUUUGUGACUAAGUGGCUACUAAAAGACUGGACAUACCCCAUAUUGAAUACCCUGGGUUGUCUACUUUAAAAAAAAUAUGUACAUGUGUGGUGUUAUUCAGAGAUUUAUGACAGAUAAUAGUGUUACAAUGUCACUAUUGAUAAAUUUUAAAAAUGUAUGUUUUGAAACCGCAAUAUCCUACUUGUACCUAUAGCCCUAUAACAUGCAAAAAAAAGCAAAAAAGCACGUAAACACUAGGUAUUUUUAAACUCAGGACAAAAUUAUGAAUCUAUUUAGCAGUUUUUUUCAUUCGCUUUUGUAGAUGAGUAAAAGAUUUUUCAAGUAAAAGUCAAAAAACAUGUAUUUUUUUCAAUUUUUCAUCCGAUUUUUGUAUUUUUUUUAAAUUAAAAUACAUGAGAUUAUAUAAAUAAUGGUAUGUAAAGAAAGCCCCUUUUGUCCUGAAAAAAACAAUAUAUAAUUUGUAUGGGAACAGUAAAUGAGAGAGCGGAAAAUUACAGCCAAACACAAACACCACAAAAGUGUAAAAAUAUGCCUGGUCGCAAAUGUACAACAUCGCAAAAACAGUCCAGUCCUUAAGGGGUUAAAGGACCACUAUAGUGCCAGGUAAACAAACUCAUUUUCCUGGCACUAUAGUGUUAAUAGGUCCCCCCCUCCCGCCGGGCUGAACGGGGAGGAAGGGGUUAAACACUCACCUUUCUCCAGCGCCAGGCUCCCUUGGCGGUGGGGACUCUCCGCCUCCUUUCCCCGUCAUCGGCUAAAUGCAAUAGCCGCGCGCGCAUUCAGCCAGUCGAUAGGAAGGCAUUCUCAAUGCUUUCCUAUGGACGCUGGCGUCAUCUCACUGUGAAAAUCAAUGAGGCAGCCAAUAGAGGCUGGAUUAACCCAUAUGUAAACAAAGCAGUUUCUCUGAAACUGUUAUCUUUACAGCUGUAGGGUUAAACCUAGAUGGACCUGGCACCCAGACCACUUCAUUGAGCUGAAGUGGUCUGGGUGCCUAUAGUGGUCCUUUAAAGAACUUUGGUAGCUUUUACCAUUGGGUUUUUAUUUGUGUGUAUGUUUAACUUAUUUAAAAUUGUAGGGAAAUGUGUCUUAAAGGAACUUUAUAGAAAAAAAAUGCAUAUCUACCCCCGUCCCCCUCCAACCAACAGUAAACUUGUGUCACUAAAUACUUAUUUUCCCUGAGCUCUGUGGCCAAUGGCCAAAGUAAGAGCUAAUGAAAGAAUUCUCCCCAAAUUGCCCCUCUCUUUCUAAACCAAACCUAGGUCAUGUCUUUCCUACCCUUCAGACUUUCUCCCAUUCUACUGAACAAGAGGUGGCUGCACUUCUCCUUUCCUCUCACCCCGCCACUUGCCCCGCUUGAUCCUGUCCUUUCUCACCUUAUCAAAUCUCUCUCUUCUUGUCUUAUGCCUUCCUUAAAGGACCACUAUAGGCACCCAGACCACUUCAGCUUAAUGAAGUGGUCUGGGUGCCAGGUCCAGCUAGGAUUAACCCUUUUUUCUAUAAACUGAAACUGCUAUGGUUAUAAUAGGGUUAAUCCAGCCUCUAGUGGCUCUCAUUGACAGCCGCUAGAGGCGCUUCUCACUGUGAUUUUCACAAUGAGAAGACGCCAGCAUCCAUAGGAAAGCAUUGUGAAUGCUUUCCUAUGGGCUGGCUGAAUGCGCGUCUCGUGCCGCGCAUGCACAUUCAGCCGAUGAGGAGAGUCCCCCACCCGGCGCUGGAGAAAGAGGUAAAUUUAACCCCUUCCACCCCCUAGAGCCCGGGGGGGGGGGCCUGAGGGUGGGGGCACAAGUGUGUUUUCCUGGCACUAUAGUGCUCCUUUAACACAUAUCUUUCCCUGCUGCCCUUAAACAUGCUACCGUAGUACCCAUCUUAAAAUAAAAAAAUCUCUUGACCCGUCUUCCCCGUCUAUCGUCCCAUAUCCCUGCUUCCUUUUUUCUCAAAGCUUCUGUAAAGGCUUGUCUUUACCCAUAUGUCUCACUUCCUCAAUUCCAACUCUCUCCUUGACCCUCUUCAGUCUGGCUUCCUCCCCCUCCACUCUACUGAGACUGCUCUUAUUAAAGUCACUGACGCCGUAAUAGCAGCUAAAUCCAAAGGGCACAUGAAAACAGCAAUAUUUACAGCUGCAGGGUUAAGGGUAGUGGGGGUUGGCACCCAGACCACUCCAAUGGGCAGAAGUGGUCUGGGUGCCUGGAGUGUCCCUUUAACAGGGGGUAGGGAGGCUGGACAAGAAUACUUGCAUUACAGGGAGAGUGACCGUGUAGCACAUAUGGGCUUUAGCCUUGUAUCUGCAGUGCAGUCUGUGCUGUGAGCAUUCUUUACACUACAGAAGGCAUAACUCUAUUUUAAUUUGCUGCAAAAGGUACUCUUCUUUUAGAGAUAGGGAAUCGGGAACAUGUUGAGAUUUGAGUGGGGGUGGCUAAGGAGACUGGGUUACACUGCUGAAAACCGCAAAACAUUUUACAGCACUGCAGGAAAACUAAACAGAAUUGGAAGUAAAGAAACUAACCACGGGUCUUUGAGUUUGACUUUAAUUUAAGCCAACUUGUUUAGCUGCCUAGAGUGUCCGUUUAAAGGGCAGCUGUGAUGUAUGAUGUAUCUUUCGCGUUUGGUUAAAAGGCUAUGGCCAUAAAAAAAAUUGGAUAUAUCCGAAUACCAUAACCUUAAACGAGUCCGUCUGAGCACCAUAAACUCUUUUUUUCAGAAUUUCUAAGAGCCUUGGCGGUUAGUUAAAAAAGUAGUGGGGGCGGAGUGUGGCCCCUGGCUGACACCAGAUAUGAGGUCACACUGUUCUAAAACAGUUUGCUUACAUGGUGAAGAGCCAGGGCACACCUGGCACUACAACCUUUUUAGUGUGCUGUAGUGAUUAUGGUGUUUGGAGUGUUCCUAUAACAAUGUCGAAUGUUGAUUUUUAUGAACAUGUUGCCCAUAAGCACAAAACCCUUUUGAGUAGCUAGGAGACAUGGCAUCUUCAGGAACUUUGCUAUAUGGAAACCUAUUCACACCUGGUGCUAUUGCCAAUGCUGUUCUUGCAGAAAGUAAACGGACACUCUACUGCCCAAAUUUAAAAUACAAAUAAAGUGUGUGUGUGUGUAUAUAUAUAUGUGUGUGUGUAUAUAUAUAUGUGUGUGUGUGUGUAUAUAUAUAUAUAUAUAUAUAUAUAUAUAUAUAUAUAUAUCUAUCUAUAUCUCACAAUUUAGUAGAUAUAACCCCCAAUGAAAACAUGAGUGCAUCUAAUUGUGCACUUUUUUGUUUCGUUACUGGCAUAUAUAAAAACAGCUUGCAAAAGCUUCAGAUCUCUUAUCUGAAGCGUUUACAAGCCAUCCCCUUCUUUCCCAGCCUAGACUUUCGUGGCUGUCCAAUCACAGACUUCCCAAUGUAGCUCAAUGAGAAGUCUUUGCAAGGCAGGUGCUCUAGGCAAUUUCUGUCUCUUGAGUUUGACUCCACUAAGCUAACUGGACCUGUUGUCUGCCAGCCGAGGGUGUCGAGUGGACGUAACAAAGUUAAUUUGUAAAAAUGCCAAUUCCGAUUGAAAAAUUAAUCUUUUGUAAAAUUAAAAAAAAAAAUAGUAGACACACUAUCGAGCUAAAGUGCUUAGGUAUGUUUGGGAUGUUACUGAAAUUGAUUUUAAAAAUAUAAACCUGAGACAUAUGAAGGGUCAAGAUCAUCUUUGUGCUAUCAGUGACUGAAUGACGAACAGCUGUUUGGAGUGAUGACUUGUUCAGAUGGUAAAUGUAUAGGUGGAAUCCACCUCUUACAGAAUAUAAAUGUAUUAAAUUUGUAAUUACAAGGCAAUGCAUCACAAUUGAACAAAAAUAUAUAAAUCCGUUGACAGCCUUGUGCUUUUGCUAGAAUACCCCAAGUAAAUUUUGUGUUUCCCCAAUUCCAGGUGGUUGCUGUGGAAACGAUGACAAGCAAUAUGUAUUUGGAGGUUGGGCCUGGGCAUGGUGGUGUAUUUCAGAUACACAGCGGUAAGUAACUGCUUUAAAUUAAACAUAGCUUCUUUUUUUUUUUUUUUUUCUUUUUUUUUUUUAUGAAGGAAAACUGUCAAAGUUUUAUAUAAAUCUACAUUCCAAUUCUAUUCAACAUAUUUUGUUCUUUGGGUUGCUUGGGGUAAAAUAAUCUGUUGGGUUCAUCAAAAGCUCACUUUUAAAAUAUCACAUUUUGAAGGAAUUCUGUAAAGUGAGCAGUUCAGCAAAGUAAACAAAACUCUCACAAUAAAUGUCAAACUUUUAAUAUUUUAUAAUGGUAAGCAAGGACCAAGAACUGUCGGAUAGUCCUGUUGCUUAUAUACAAGAGUUUAUAUUGGGCUUUCACGAACUCCUGGUCAGCUUAUCAAACACUUUCUUAAGGAUAUUUUUAUAGCGGCUUAUAAAAGAAAAAGCUUUUUGUCCAGUGUACUAUAACUACUCCAGACGGCUGCCGUUUUUGUCAGCCUUUUCAGUAACCAUUCUGGUAAUCGGUGGGAUAACAAGCCGGCAGGCAUACCAGCCAGCGACUAGUGAUGCAAGUUCACACAUGUUGACAGUUUUCCUUUAAGAGUUUUUCUUUAAUCCUAUUAAAGGUACAAACCAAGACAAUAUCACAAAAACGGAACGUCAUUCCUGCUAGUAGGCCACAAAUCUGUGUCCAAUUUGUACCUUUAGUUUGAUUUUAUGAAUGUUUAUAUGCAUGACCUGUUCCAUCUCUUGAUUAAAAAUGUAAUAUUUUGAUCUGUGCUGUCCUUUGGUGUGUUAUUGAAUGUUGUAGCACCUCUGACUGAAGAUUUUGAGCAUGCACAAAUUCAUUCAGCUUUCUUUUCCUUUAAAUUGAUAUUUUGUGAUUCGGUGCUGAACUCUCAGUCUUUUUACAACCUCUUCACUUUUCUUAUAUUUUAUAAUUUCCAACCCUAAGCAUCCACUUCCGUUCCAUUGCACCCAGAUUCAGUUUUUGUGGCUUUCACCUGAUGCUUGCUUUAAAAAUCUAUGUACUCAUUAGCCAAAACUGCUCUAAGAUUUAAAGCAACAUCUCAAAGGCGUACACUCCCUGAUCAUCAAAUCUUCUCUUGUCUGCGGUGAGCAGCUGUAGUCCCUUAGGUACAGCAUUACUGGAAGUCUGCAAUUACUAGUGAUCUGAACUACCAAUUUCUUGGCACAUGUUUUCAAUGCUUCCCCAGGUGCUAUAAUUUUACUUGCAGUACAUCUAUAAACCACAGUGUGAAGGAAAUUGCUGCAGUUUCUUAAAAGCAUUAGUUUGAAUGCCAAGAUUUGUAUUUUUAAUUAUUAUUUUUUCUGGUUAAAAUACUAUUGCCACCACCAGCUUGCAUUAGUUAAAUUUAUAAAGAAAAGGCAAAGUUAACCUGUCACUUGCACUGUAAAAUGAUAGCGCACUAAAUUUCAAUCUACAUUAUAAUAACUGGGUGGCCAUGAAAACAAAUGCAAAUCUCUUAGCUGAGUAUAGACAAGAUCUGGUGAUUCAAGUGUUGUGGUCUACAAAAGUCCUGCAUGUUGUUUGCUUUACAUCUAGUGAGUAGCCUUUUAAAUCUGUUGUUUUUAUUUUUGCUCACCUUGUGAAAUUCUCAUUCCAUAACAGACGCAUCCUAUGUGCACGCUCUUCCACUGUAGAACAAAUUACUGAAAUUACAAAUAAAAUAAGUAAAAUGGUAAUAUUUUGCCGUAAAAUCAGUAGCUAUUACAAAUGAAUACAUUUGGUUAACAGUCCUGAUUUUUUUUUUGUCUUACAAAAUCUUAAAGAUUUUGUUCCUUACUGCUCAGUAAUAUCAAGCAGUAUAUACACCUCCGGAUACACAUGACCCCAUGCUCAAUGUUUGGGAGUCCAUGCUUUGCGUUUCUAAUAUUUCUUUCUUAUUUAUUUUUUUUCUUUUCUAGAUAGGAGUGGUAUGGAUUUUUGUAUUUCCUUUUUAUUAUUUUUUACUAGACUUGCAUUGACACUUAGAACUGUAAAAUUCUUCUUUGUUUCAUAUGAGUGCCAUUUUGUAUAUAAAGUAAAAAAUAGGCUGUAUUUUAUUAUUUUUGCGCUAAUUCUGUAGAUACCUGUUUGUUCAAAGCAUCACCUUGUGCCAUCCACAAGAAUUAUUGAAAAGACUUUGUAAUCUGGUAUCACUGGUUUGUGGUGUACACUAAGUUACAUGUGUUUCUUGUAUGUCCUGCACAUGCACUGCCUUUAUCCUGCCUACUUAGAGUAGAUUCAUUUGGUGCUUUCCCCUGGGUUUAUUUCACACAUGCAGACCUUCAAAAGGUAAAGUAUCUUAAGCAUCUUGGAGGAAAACUGCACAGAUUUCAAUAAUAUCUGUAUAAUGCAGAAUGAGCUUUACAUUUCAGGUUGGUUCUAGUAUGCUAACAUUGACUGCAUUGUAGCGUAGUAAGUUUAUCAUAGCAAGUGCAUAUCAGUUCGGCAAGGGCACCAGGGCCCCAUGGAUUGUGUGUACGCCACUGCCUGCAGGCAUUUUAAUGUAAACACUGUCUUUUCAGAGGUAAGGCAGUGUUUUCAGUACUGCCCAUGAACACCUCUAGUGGCAAUCACUCAGACUGCUUCCUGGAUCACAUUCAGUCUCCAUGCCCGCAUGGAAUCGUUGAUCGGUCCUUAGAGAUGCAUUGAUUCAAUGCAUCUCUAUGAGGAGAUGCUGAUUAACCUUGUAUUUUGCCACGCAUGUGCAAUUGCCUCCCAAUGCUUCCCUAUGGGAAAGCAUUACAUUGGCUAAAAUAGUCAAUUUUGAUGUCAGCCAAGGAGGCAGAGCGAAGGAUGGAGCAGACUGCCUUGCCACUGGAUUAGAGGAAAGUAACUUAUUUAAUUAGAGAAAUAGUGGAGUGCCCUAAAUAAAAACCAACACGAACAUUAUAAAUAUAUAUGCAAGUAUGUCAUUUUGGAGUUCUCAUUUAAAGGAACACUGUUUGUAUUCCCAACACUGUAGUGUUCCCCCCACCCAAGUAAGGUUUAUAUACCUUACAUCCUGCCGUGCGCUAGUCUGUGAUGCCACGCCGUCUUCUGCCUCGAUCUCAGCCAAUCUAAUGCCUUCCCCAUCAUUGUGAGGCUUGUGUGCAUAUGAUGGCAAAUGCUCUAGGAGAGUCAUUUGAUCGAUAGCAAAGUUGAACUCUAUUAUAGCUGCGAAAUUGCCUCCAGUGGCGAUCUUCCUGACAACUGGGGGCAUGUUAACCCUGCAAUCAAAAAUAUUGCUGUUCCUCCAGAACAGCAAUGUUUUCAGUUACAGGGUUAAAAAGACAGGGGCAUGGGGCACUUAAUUUCAAUGACGUGGUCUGGGUGUCUGUAGAUUCCCAUUUAACUUUAUCUGCUUUAACUUGUACUUUUAAGAUUUUUGCUUUUGUAAUGAUGAUUUGUAAUUCUGUGACAUUCAUAAUUUGUUGCUAUACAGAAAAAGAAAAGGCCUUCAGCCUAUCAUUAUAGAUUUGCUUGCCCAUUUUCAGGUUUUUAACAUCAGCAUUUUACAUUUAUUUAUUUAUCUUCUUUAUGAUAUAUGGUUUUAUAAGGUUUUGGUUGUGGUGUGGUUUAUUUAUUUAAUUCUUAAUUUUACCUGAGCUCAACUAACCUAAUGUUAUGGUUAUGGCUCCACAGAUUCUUACUUGCUUGAAUGUUUUUGUUUGUUUGUUUGUUUGUUUUGUUUGUUUUUUUUAAUUAAGCUUUUGUUUUUGUCUUAUUAUUUUUUUUGGUGUUUUAUUUUUUUAGAUAAAGUAUACGGAGAGGGACCCCGUUCUCCUUAGUGUCUACUAACUGAAACCUUAAGUUACCCAUUUUCGUUCCAAAAAUGGUAACUCUAAGAUGGCAUCUCCAUUUUUUUAAAUUUGAAUUUUUAAUUUGUCAGCAGACAUUUUUAAUAGUAUUAUCCAACUUUUGGCAUUUUAUUUGUUGCCUUUUAGCAGAUACCUAGUGAUAUGUACCAUUUCACUUCCCUGCACUGCUCAGGAGUGGGGGGGCUGAAGUACAUUAUUAAUAUCAAUAGAUAACUGAAAUUCAAACCUAUAAACAAAAAACGUAAACAAUUCCUUAAAGGAUUUCUCAAGUAGUGAGCUAAGUAGGAAGUUUAUUAUAAUUCUAUUUACUCUCAAUUAUGCAAUGUCCUGCAGUGGAAGAGGUACCUAGUUUUCCAUUCAUGUUUGUGCUUUGGACAUUGUGUUGCUGUAUUGUGUAAUUUUUUUUAAUUUUUUUUUUUUUUUAAACUAUUGGUAUUGCGUGAGAGAUGGACAGUCUGUAUGGAAUCAGAAUACUGGUAAUUCAUUAUUCCAGCAAGUUAAGUAAAGCAGUUAAUUAUGGUUUUGUGGAACUUGGUUUAGGACACAACUCCGUUCACACUUAAAGCGGCUCUAUCUCCAAAAAUAAACUUUUGUUUAAAUUGUUUCUGUACAGAUUCUUGUCUGAAUCUGUUUCUUUUUCCUGGGUGCUCAAGUUUUCCAUAAAAUAAAUCAGGACAAGUAGGGACUAUUUUUCUUAUGUAUAGCAGUCAAGUUGACAAUUGGUGGGGCUUAGAACAAGAUUCUGUUACAGUUGCCAGUCAAAUUUACCCACAAUCAAUCGGUAAAAUCAGUCUCACUGAAGGGUAAACAGAAGACUUUAUCGGCAGAGGAGAACAAAAUGGCUGCAUUCAGAUGUUGAGAUUCAGCGCAAGAAAAAAACUAAUAUAAAUAAAGGAAAGUUGCAUGGGUGGGAGUAUAAUGAAGAUACAGGGGGCAUAAGGAAAUGAAAACCAAAAGGAAACAAAAAUCAUGACCGUGACACUUUAAUCAUUUUUGGUAGACUAAAAGUGAUGAGAUUUGCAGCCUGGCUGCUGCUGAUGAGCUAUAGUUGCUCUGCAUCCGUGUAUUGAGUUAUAAUUGUAUAAGGGCUAAAGGUAAGGAGGCUUUGAAAUAAUUAAAAGAAACCUGUGCAUCAUUACCAUGAGAAGACGAAGUUCCUCUUGGGUUUCCAAGCAGGUUACACAACUGGCUGCAUAUUUGAGUCCCAAAAUGCAGGUGGUUCAAGGACCUUUAACUUACAUGAAGUCACCUUUCACUCUGUGUGCAGUUGUAUCACUCCUUCUAUACUACAGUUUUACCCACCUCCAACCUAAAGUCUGAUCACACUGCAUGGCUAAUCCAUUUUCUUAAAAUCCGAAUCACACAACCCUGUUUUUUGUGGUGAACUUCUUUAACUUUCUGGUAACCACUUUGUGUAUUUGCUGUCCUCCUCCCCCUUAUUUAAUGCUGCUCAGACUGUCAUUUGAGGUUAUGACAAUCCUCUGUCGCUGUGAGAAUAUUGAGACUUCGGAGGGGGUCCCUCUGUACGUGACAGGGGUUGCACAGGUAAUAAAUUCCCAGCUUCCUAACAUUUCUCUUCCGAUUCAUUCUUUUUUUUUUUUUUUUCUUCUGAACGCAGCUACAGCAUCAAGAGGAUCCUUCACUAACUUCUUUUCCCACUAAUAUUAACAAAAUAUCAACUUUCGUUCCCAUAUUGUUCACCCUCUUUAACUUAGCCAGCAGUCACCUUGUUUGCAAUGUGAAGCUCUAUGUAGAUGGUUUUUUAUUUAUUUUUUUAAAUCCGUCUAGCCUCAAAACAAAUUGAUUUCAUACAGGCGCUAAUGGUUUAUCAUGUUGUAGUGGAACUUUGGUAGGACAAUCAUUUAACAGAAGUUGGUUUUAAAGUAAAACUUUUUGUAAUUUUUUAUUUUUUUAUUAUUGAAAUAGAUUGUGUAAUGUAGCCUUGUAUGCAUUUGUUUCUCUAAUGCACACAGACAAGUUACAAAACUAAUUAUUAGUGCAUCUUCUUGUCUUUUCUUACCCUUGCUCUAUUAAUCUGUGUACAUUUUACUUGGAUUUAUGAAAAAUGGGAAGGCGAAAGUGUGAGAGAAAUGGCAGGGAAGAGACGGUGAGAUUGAGAACAGUCACGUGCAGUCUGAGUUGGAUAGACACUGUGGGGGGGGAGAUGGCAACUUGGAGAGAGAUGUAUGAGACAUUAGCUGAGAGAAACUAGAAAGGCAAAAAAAGCUUAGGAAAAAGACUGCGCACAGCGGUAAAUCUGGGUAGUGGUGGGGGGGGGAGGAGGGAAGUACCUUUUUUUUUUUUUUUUUUUUUUUUUUUUUUUUUAUCGUUUCUCCUCAUUCUUUUUUUCUAUCAUAAAGCAUUAUUUGUUUUUAUACUGGCGUUUAGGAGUAUGUUGGUACUAUAAUCAAAGCAUGUUAAUAUUGAUGCCCGUUCAGCAACAAUGCCAAAUACAAACUUUUUUCCCAUUAUCCAUUGCUGUGGAAAUGUGUAUAUACUUUGCAAUCAGUCUUUUUGCAACAGAUUGAUGGCAUAGCUGUAGUAUUUUCGAGUCAAUUACCAAACUUAUAUAUAAUAUGUCUUCUUUAAUGCAAUAUAUUUGGUAACAUUUAAUCUGUGUAAAAUGUAGCCGUAUUCCCUUGUCAAUUUAUACAUAUAUCAUUUGUUGCAAUGCUUAUGUGACUUCAUUGGAGGUUGUUAAACUUGGCUCGUUGAAGUUAAUUGGGGAGAAAGUGUCUGGACGCCAUCCCAAUGGUUUUAAAAUUAAAGUUUCACCCAUGACACCAGGCACCGCUGGCUUCCUUAUUUGUGGACACUGCAGUAUUAGGAAGGUUUGUUGGGCACCCGGUGAUGGGCUGAGAGUGGCUGCCCAUUGAGUAAAACGAAUCAUAAAAUUAUUUAGAUUUAGCUUUUGCACUUUUACUUUGAUUACUGAUUUGGAGCAUUUCAUUUUUUAUUUGUCUGAUUGUGCAACUUAUUUUUUUCUUCCUCAUUUGGCUGUGUAUUGGGUAAGUUGACUGUAUGUGGUUGCAUAGAUCUGGGAAUAGUAACUGAAUACAAGAAAAAGGAAAUCAUCAACAGUUAUCCCAAAAAUGUUGUACAUUAUCUUAUUGCUAUAUAGUAAGUGUCACAUGAAUUGACACAUGCCUCUGCGAAAUGAAAAGAAGUUUACAAAAACUUUUAGGAGCUGGGUCUAUAGAGUCCUUGCACCAUAACUACUACAAUCGUAAGUGUCCAUUUAUUUAAUAGUAAGUGUCCAUGCUAUGGUAUCCAUUUAUUUAUUCACCCAUUUUAGUUGAUGUUGCCAGAUCUAAAUUUGAGUAAAAUCUCCCAAAAAUAGCCAUCUUAACUUACACAUUUGUUAGCAAAGUUGCAAAGUAUUUUGUUUUGUUUCUUUUAUAAAUGAUUUUGCGUUUUAAGGAUGCUCAACUUUUUCUCCAUCUGCAUGUCUCCACUCUAGCCUGGGGAGAAUAUCGGUGGCACGAGUUGGCCAUCGGCAAAUGCAUAAGCCGUGAUUGCCCAAUAGAAUGCUUCUCACAUGAACGCAUAGACGAAGGCAUCCCUGUGGAAGCUUUCUCUGUCCGCUGUGAGCUUGAUGAGUAGGGGUUGUUCUAAAACCCAUUCAUAAAAGUAACAAAUACAGUUAGAGACAGACUAGGCAACUAAAUGUCUUCAUCUCAUUGAAGUGGUCUGUGUGAAGUGUCCCUGUCCCUUUAACCAUGCAGCUGAAAAUAUUUACAUUGUAAGGUUUACACUGCCUCUAGUGGCUGUCUCCUCGAUUCACAGGUACUUUAACCUUGUGAAACUAGGCUGGAUUUGGGAAAACACCAUAGGAAAGCACUGAUUCAAUGCUUCCCUAUGGGGAAGGCCUAGUGCGCUUGCGACACUUGCCACACAUGCCACACAUGCAUGUUUGGUUUCCAGAUCACUGUGACAUUUGCGGAAGUGGAGCCCAGUCGAGUGCUGGGGUACCUCGGCACUGGAAUCAAGUAAGUGAAAAAAAGGGUUUUAAUCCCUUAAUUUGCCAGCACGGUCAGAUGAACACUAUAUGGUGUUAGGAAUACGAAACUGUAUUCCUAACACCAGGGACGUAUUAGCCGCAAGGCUGACAAGGCAUUUGCCUUGGGCGGCAUUUUUCAGGGGGCGGCAAAAAACGCCGCCCCCCAAAUGCCCAGGGCAAAUGCCUUGUUAGCCUUGUGGCUAACAGACAUCCCGAGCGGGCGGGCAGCGCUGGGCGGGCGGCUGGCGAGGGAGCACUUCCCCCCAGAGCUGAGUGCUGAGCUCCCUCGCGCGCCGCAGAGUGAGGCUGGGAGCCGGAAUAUGACGUCAUCUUCCGGCUCCCAGCCUCACUCUGCGGCGCGUGAGGGAGCUGAGCAGUCAGCUCAGAGGAAGUGCUCCCUCGUCAGCCGCCCGCCUGACCGGCAGCCACUGGACCACCAGGUAGAGAUAGACUUCCCCCCCAGCACUCCCAAAGGUAAGGAGGUUGGGGGGGAUUUAAAUUUAAAAAAAAAAAAGUUAAUGUGUGUGUGUGUGUCUGACUGUGUGUGUGACUUGUGUCUGACUGUGUGUGUGACUUGUGUCUGACUGUGUGUGUGACUGUGUCUGACUGUGUGUGUUUGUGUCUGUGUAUGUGUCUGACUGUGUGUGUGUGUGUGUCUCUGUUUGUAUGUGUGUGUGUUUGUGUCUGACUGUGUGUGUCUCUGUUUGUAUGUGUGUGUUUGUGUCUGACUGUGUGUGUCUCUGUUUGUAUGUGUGUGUGUUUGUGUCUGACUGUGUGUGUCUCUGUUUGUAUGUGUGUGUGUUUGUGUCUGACUGUGUGUGUGUGUGUUUGUGUCUGACUGUGUGUGUGUCUGACUGUGUGUGUGUGUUUGUGUCUGACUGACUGUGUGUGUGUGUGUGUUUGUGUGUGUGUGUGUAUUUAGAAGGUGGGGCGGGGGCAAGGGUUGGGUGGGGGUGGCGCGGGGGGAGGGGGGCGCCUGAGUUUUGUCCUGCCUAGGGCAGCACAAAACCAGGAUACACCACUGCCUAACACCAUAGUGUUCCUUUAAGUGUUAAAGGCGCUUCAAUGAUUUCUAUACAAUCACUAUUGCCACUCCAAACUUAGAUGUCCUCAUGCAAACCCCCAAUAAAAUUGCAAAUACAAAAAACUGUUAGGUGCAAAUAUAAUAAUUGUUAUAACCAGCGCAAUGUGGAAACCGAGGCAUAUUGCUUCUCCUUUAAAUCACUGGAUUGUACAAACCGAUUGGGAUCAGUAACUUUUGACAGAAAGGCUGUUAACAGAGCAUUAUGGGAGCCGUCGUCAAAUCCUUAACACAUAGAAAGGAAAUCCACAUUUUCAGUGGGCCGUUUCUAUCUAGUUGGGAGGAUAAUGGCAAAUGCUUUUAGUAGUAGUAGUAAUAGUAGUAGUAUUAUUUUAACAAGUUAUUUUAUACAGACUGGCACCAAUAUGAAACAAUACCUAACCCCUUACUGGGUAAAAAAAAGAACUGAUUAGUUUGUUUUUUAUAUACAAAUUUUAGUUUGUUUGUUUUUUAAAUGUUUUUGGCAUUUUCAGGAUAAGAGCACCAAAUAGUUUUAUUUUUGUUUGGGUUUUUUUUUUUUUUUUAGCAGGCGAGUCAUGAUUUUGAGUGAACACUGUUUUCUCAAGCUAAAGUAGACCUUCCACCUUUGAAAGGUUUCUCAUGGAUUUUAGUUUGAGAUAAACUGUGUGGUUUUCUUUCUUAGUAAGUAAGCAUGCUUUUUAAGCUGCUUUGCAAGCUUAAUGUCUAGUAUCCUUUAUUUAGGGAAUACUUGUGUAUUCUAUCUGUAAUUUGUAGUUUGCUGUAGAAAUAAUGCAGUCUUUCCAAAGAAACAUUGAGAAAUGGUUCUUCUGUAAUAUGAUUUAAUUACGGUAGUAAUGCCCAACUUGGUGUGAUAGAUUAAAUGGUAAUAUCCCCAAAACCUUUUUGUUGAGGUUUACUAUUGUACUACACACAUCAUCCGUCUAUUUGAAAAUAGUUUUUGUAAAUCCCUGCAGUAUUUGUGAAUUUUUAUAUUUUAUUUUUCCAGCUUCACCUCAGCCACCUUUGUACCACCCCUUUCUGAGUUGGGUGGGGGGGAGAAAUUGUAAGAGCUGUCUGGGAGAGGUUGUAUGGUGUGUGUGUGUGUGUUUUUUUCUGGUGGGGACGCUCCAUCUCUGCCAGUAUUCAGGUGCUCAGUCAAUGACUCUGAGAGCCGGCGGUGACUAAUUUUGAGUCACGAAGAAGUGCCGGGGGACUGUGAGGGUACUCUUAGAGUGGUCUGACUCUGUAUCUGAUAUUUUUUCCUUUUGAUAUCUAUACCUGAUAUUGGCACAGACCACCACACUCAAUCAAUGAAGUGAAGAGGCACAGCGCUGUGCAGCGAGAUCUUUUUUGAUCUUCGUGCUGAGUCGAGUCGGUGUGGUUUAGAGCCAGAGUUCUGGGCCCUAGUCUGAGCCCAAGCCCUAGGCGGCCUCUUGGUCAGCAUAACCUGAAAACUGAAUCUGGGCAUGGUAGAUAAAGUAUUAUGGAAACAGGUAGGUAAGUUUUCAGGGGCAUCUUCUUUGCACCAUAAUAACUACAUAAUCUGCAGUUUUAUGGUGAUUGAAGGCUAAUAUUGUGGUCUAUGGAGCGCAGCUUAUAAAUAAUACCAUGUAUUGCCUCUUUGACACUGGAAUAAUCUUUUCUCCUUCUCUUGGUAAAAGCUGUCUCUUAAACAUACUAAUUAGUAUAGAAAAAGACAAAUUGUUUGAACGUAUCAGCAGCUGAGGUUCACGUUUUAGCAUAUAAUUCCCAUUAUACUUUUUUGGAAUUGUUCAUUCUCACACUGCCACUUAUUGACAAAAUGUGCCAUUUUUCAAAUCUGAGCUGAGCAUUGCUGUUAAUGUGACUGCUGGUUACAAAGGGGGGAUAAACAUGGGAGGUGAGAAGCUGAUAUCUAUUCUCUGGCAAUGUGCAAAUGUCUUACCUUUUUUGGCAGGAUUUCCCUAGAGAUAUUGACGUUACAACCAAAAUGCGAGGACGUUGAGACGGCCGAGGGGGUAGCUAUAACUGUCACGGGUGUGGCACAGGUACAGUAACCCACAGCACAUCAUUUUCGGAAUGCAUGUCAACAGGAACUGUAAUCAUGUGAUCAAAAGGCAGAUGGCAAGAAAUUCACCUACUGUAGUUGUAAACGAUGGCAAAAUGUGUCUUAAUCUGUAUAAUUAAAGGGACAUAACAUUUAAUUAACUUGGAAGAAAGCAGCUGUUACCAACUGGUUGGAAAAAAAAUUAAAUACCCAAAUGGUUAUUUUGGCUCCUGAACUGUUGGUGGGACUUCUUUGCAAACUGUAAAGGUCCUGUCUCUAAUGAGCUAAAAUGCAUUAGAGAUGGGAGUACUGGCUAAUAAGUUUGUCUGUUCACAUGUUUAUUUCAAGAAGCAUGACCGUAUCGAAUAGGUGACAUACCUUUUUCAGCUUCUUGGGACAGUAGGCAUGAGGGGGUUUCCAUUACACCGUUUAAUAUCUGAUAGUUCAGGUUAGUGUUAUUUUAGUAGUAGGUGCAUUCACUUGUGUGCCAUCAAGGUAAUGGGUGCAUUUUGACAACUUCUGGUCCCAUUAAAAUACUGUGAGGAGAGUCACAAUGCCAUAAAUCAGCAUCACUUCCAUGCAGUGUGUAAGCUACAGUGAUAAUUUUGUUGAGUAAAGAGUUUUUUUUUAAUUUACCCAACUAAAACAAUUCAGAUGGCUAAAAUACGACUAAAAUAGCAUUUUAGUGAAAAGACUAUGACUAUAUAAAACUCAAUUUAAAUGAAUGCUGUGGAAGGGGCAAAAGAGACAGACCAGGGUUUGGGGGAGAGACACCUAGAGGGGCUGAGAGGACACACAGAGGGGCUUGGGAAGGGUUAAAGAGACAGAGGCUGUAACUAAACCCAUUAGAUUUUAGUCGAGUCAUCUAAAAUCUAGUGGAGAUUUAGUCGACUAAAAUACAACUAAAACUAAAGUGGCAUUUUAGUCAAAAGACUGUCUAUAAAACGAAAUUUGCUGCAAAAAUUAACACUGGUAAGCUACAAGUUAUAUAAAGUGGUCACGGUACCUGGAGUUUGUCUGCAGUGUUUUGCUAUGAAACACUGCACAUACAAAGCUUUACCCCUUGAUGUCUGAUGUGUAACUCCAGAUGCCUCUUUGGGGUACAUUUCUAUGUACAGAGUUGUAUUUGUUGGAUUUGCCCAGGCAGUGAAUGACCGUCAGGAUUGGCAUCUGGCUUCUGCAGCUUGCCAGCCAUAAUGGACCAUAUGCACCUGGUGAGAGCCCAUGUAACAGGGUCACCUGUUACAAAACUUUGCCCCAUUACCAGAAAAUGGGCUGUAGUGGUUAUGGUGCUUGGAGUAAACCAUUUAAAAAAGUGUUCUUCCAGUAUGUAACUUGCUUUCUUAUAUAAAUGUUAUAAAAAUGCAUUAUGCAUUCCUUAAAUUAUACAAACAAUUCCUUUUAUAGCAUUGAACUACUUGGUGCAUUCCGGAUAAUGUGGUGUUGGAAGAUUUUACUUAAAACUUGGAUAAUGGCAGAAAGGGGAUAAUGAAUCGAGAUUGUUAAAUGAAAUAGAAUUCUGAUUCACACGCCAUUUUUUAAGUUAGAACAUUUUGCUAAUGCGAUACUGCAAAACGAUCUUUAAGAUCUUAUAGUAGUAUUGCUCCAUCAUGGUAUGCUAAGAAUGUGCAACUCACUGGGCAAAUUUUACCUGUGAUGUACUGUCAUUGAGGUGGGCAUGUCUUUAACAAGUGAAACCAAGGGUUUGUCAGUUGACUAUAGAAUCUAUUCAACAACAUGCUUUUGGAAAAGUCACUAGUUUUAAAAUCAUGUAGAGCCAUGUCAACUGAAUGCAACCUCAGACCCUACCAUUAAUGAAUCUGUUAUCCUAAUUUUCAUAUUGAAAAUAUAACAAACGUUUUAAAUACAGAAGAUUGCUAAAAUUACAAAUGCCUUAUUUUUGGCAGCAUUUGUAUAUUCAUGUAAAAAACGUGUAAUCUGAUAUUCUACUGUAAUGGAUCAACGAAGUGGGUAACUUAUGCUCUGUUAGCAAAUGCACAUUCUUGCUAUCAUUAGAUGGCAUCUUAUCACUCUUUCAUUUUCAUUCCAAUCAUGCUAACAUGACACUAAUAUUUGAAAUAUAUAUAUUUUAAACACACCUCUUCUUUAGAAGACGAUACAUUUGUUGUAAAUAUCAGUUAUUAUAUUGUAACUAUUAUAUAUAUUAGAUAUAUAUUUUUUUUCUUCAUGUAAAAUGCAUGAUAUUGACUUCUACACAGGAUAUGACUGUAUUUUGUGUUAACAGUUUGUCUUCCACAAAAUGGAUACACUGCCUUGAUCAGUCCUUGGCUGCCAUGCUUACUCUUCUUUUCAACUUUUAUGGAAGUAGUGCAUGGUUACAAAAAGGAUUAACAUGGCAUGUUUGAGUGCCCUUACUAUGAGUCAUACAAACUAUGUUUUAAUUGGUCUGUGCAUAGGAUUUUGUCAAAACUGGGGAUUCCCUGGCACCUCCCCCUCACCAGCUCAUGGAAUAAUGAAGAAUUAAAUGUUGGUCAAAUAAUUUGAUGGCUUGAGCACACAUUUCUCUGAUGAGCUUUAAUCGCUGGGGGUGUAGUUAAUUGGCUGCACUGAAUCUCCUUUUCUAUGUCACAGUUACCAUUUUAGCAGCUUAGCAUGGCCACACUGAUUUGGCACCGCUGAAUCUUGCUGUUGUCCUGCUUGGAAUGCCUGUCAUUGUAUUGUGUGCUCACGCUGUACAAAUAUUUUGUACGGGUAAGGAGGAAGUGAAAUUCUUUCUCAUUCAGUCAGUGAUUUGAAGGGAGGGCAUUGGUUGCUAGGGAGUCAACUGGUUUUUGUCAAGCAGUUUGUCAUGAGAGAAUUUACAAUCGCUCUUUAAAUGGUGUGCUAUUGUAAAGUCCCUCACGUCAAAGAAAAGAUUCAAAACUAUAUAAUGUGUGACUUUUAAUGUUAAUGAUCUGCAACAUGUGCCUGGAAAACAAAACAAAAACAAAAAAAACUCCUCCAUCUAUUUGUUUGGUAAAAUGUUCAAAUCUUCUUCACAUGUCCAGAAGCAGAUUCUAAGCACUCUCACCAAUCAUUACUUUUCUCCAUGGCUGCCAGAACAGGAUUAACCUUAAGGCAACCAUAGGCGGCCACCUAGGGCCCAGGACUUUCACAAUGUCCCCAGAAUCAUGAAUUUGUUGGGUCCCAUUAACCAUUUCUUUGUGAAGAAAGAAGGUGGAGGUAACCUGCCUAAGGUCCCUGGGAUAUAAAUCCUUCUCUGAUGGCUGCAUCAUUUUUGCUGGAGAACUUCCAAUCCAAAAGCUUAAUUCAAGCUCCAAAACCUCUUUAAUCACGAAUACAAGCGUAGUUCAAGAAACCUUUCAAUUACGGCUUGGCAAACACUGUUGUUUCUUUGAAAUUUUGCUUGUAUUGGUGAAUAAUAAUAACUUAGACUGAGAGAGGGUCAUUUGGGGCUUUCUUUAUAUAUGCUCCUAUAAAAACCUGGAUUGCUACAGCAAUGCAAUUUACAGGCAGAUUUCAACCUGCUACUGCAAGCCCUUAGGUGUGACUGUAAAAAUCAAUAGUAAAGUGAAACGUGACAAGUAUAGAUGUCUUUCAAAUUUUGGGACCCCACAAAUUGAAAAAUUGGCUCACCUAAAGGGUGCAUAAAAAUGACUUAUUACAGUCUUAUUUGAAUAUUGCUGUUGGCAGUGGAAAAAAAAAAGACCAAAUCAGCAAGAACUCUCUUACGACGAAUAGUCCAUGCCAGUAUUAUCUGAAUACCAAUAUGCUGAAAUGGACAUUUUAGCAAGUAAAGUUGCAAAUUUGUUUUGUUUGUGUUAUGAUACCUGUUUUUUGCUCUUUUCCACUUUUUCUUCUUCUAAUUUGUGUUACAAUGUAUUAUCCAUGACAUGUUGUUAUCCCACGAGAAUGUGAAGUAUCCUAUUGGAAACAUUGCUGUUCUGAUGAAAUAUUGGCUUACAGAAUUAUUUAGUCGAAUAAGGGCACUGUUUUUACAUGACUGUUAAAAUAACAAACCAUUAAAUGUUAUAACUUCAAUCUGUCAUGCACUUGCUUGCACCAUAAUUUAGUUAUUUUCAUGGUCAAUAGUUACUGGCCUUUUUUUCAAAUGAUUGCAAGGCAGUUUUUUUUUUAUUUUUUUUUAUUAUAUACAUUGAUCAGCCACAACAUUAAAACCACUGACAAGGAUAGUGAAUAACAGUGAUUUUUUUUUUUAGUGAUGAUGGCACCUGUCAAUUGGUGGGAUAUAUUAGGCAGCAAGUGAACAGUCAGUUCUUGAAUUUCAUGUGUUGGAAGCAGGAAAAAUGGACAAGCAAAACAAUCGGAGUGACUUUGACAAGGGCCAAAUAGUAAUGGGUAGAUGACUUGGUCAGAGGAUCUCCUAAAACGAAGUCUAGUGGGCUCUUCUAUGUGUGCAAGGGUUAGUACCUACCAAAAGUGAUGCAAAGAAGGACAACCGAUGGCUAGACAAACUUCUUUAAAAUAGCAAGUCUUUUUGGGUGUACAAGUUAUGUGAUUAGUACCUACCAUAAGUGGUGAAAGGAAGGGCAACCGGCAUAAAGGUCAUGGGUGCCCAAGGCUCACUGAUGUUCGUGGGGAGGAAAAGCUAGCCCAUCUGGUCCGAUCACACAUUAGCUACUGUAGCUCAAAUUGCUGAAAGGUGUCAGAACACACAAUGCAGACCAGUCAGAGUGCCCCUGAUGACCCCUGUCUACUGCCGAAUGGGCCUUCAAUGGGGACAUGAGCUUCAAAACUGGACCAAAGAGCAACGGAAGAAGGUUUCCUGGUCUGAUGAAUCACAUUUUCUAGAUCAGGCGGUUAGAAGGUGUGUAUGCCGUUUACAUGGGGAAGAGAGGGCAGCAGGAUUAAAUAUGGGAAGAAGGCAGGCUAAUAGAGGCAGUGUUAUGCUCUGGGCAAAGUUCUGCUGGGAAACAUGGUGUCCUUGCUUUCAUGUGGAUGUUACUUUGACGUAUUUAAUGUGAUAACCACAACAAAAGUGUAAAAAAGCGAAUAAAAAGAAAAAACUUUCCUUAACAGUAAGGAAUAUACGCGAACAAGUGCAUAUAUCCAAAAUAAUUUAUUUACUUAUCUCUAGGUUAAAAACUGCAAAUUCUAAAUUUGUGUAUUCACAAAUCUAAUAUUUAUAUGCACUAGUUAUACACUGUCCAUCUUUUCCCUGUACAUGGUUUCUUACCAUUGAUCUAGGGAAUCCGGUCCUUUAGACAUGUUAACAUUGACAUUGUAUUGGAGGAUAUUUAUAAGGUACAUUGUGUCACUUUCCUCUACUAUAUUUAUAUUACUAAUGUCUUGGUGCCAGAUACCACCGGUAACGUACAGAGAUCUUUGUCCAUGCUGCGUCAUAGCUGUUUUAGCAGCACAGAGGAUGAGGGGGACCUUAUUAGGCAUGUUUUAUGUUGUGGCCGAUCAGCUCUUUUAUUUUUUUUUUAUUUUUUUUUGUUCCUUUCUUUUCUUUUGCUUCUAUUUAAAUGUAUUUAUUUUGCAGGUUAAAAUUAUGACGGAGAGAGAACUUUUGGCCGUGGCUUGUGAGCAGUUCCUGGGAAAGAAUGUACAUGAAAUUAAGAAUGUUGUACUUCAAACCCUGGAGGGUCACUUACGAUCUAUUCUUGGUAUAUAAAACAAAAAAGUAACAUUUUAUGUGUGUGUGCAUAUAUUCUGUAUAUAUAUUGGUUGGUUUUUUUUUUUGUUUGUUUUUUUUUUUUUUUUUGCUCUCUCAUCAAUUUGAAACUUCCAUAAAACAUACAGACAAAAUCUUUGUCAUAAAUGAGAUUAGCCAAUCUAAUUUGGCCAUUUUCCAACUACAAACAGAUGUGAUCUACAUGUAGCUGGUAGCUUAUGGGUUUAGAAAAUCCAAAUAGGUUAGAAAGAUUAUAAUAGAAUUGACUGAAUAUAAUAGCAUCCUUAGGGUGUUCAUCCAUCGUGGUCCAGAACAGAACUAGUAAUGCUUGUCCGUAUGUUACAGGGGUUGGCCAGUUUCGGCACUCCGGGUGUUGACUAUAUCUCCUAGAAUGCUUUUACAGCCAUAACGCUUGCAAAUCAAGAGGGAUGUAUUCCACAACAUCUCGAGUGCCGAAGGUUACCUAUCUCUGUAAGAUUCUUGUUUUAAAAAUCCCCAUCACCUUAAAGGGACACUAUAGGCACCCAGCCCAUACCUGACUUUAACUCAUUGAAGUGGUCUGGGUGCUGUGUCCCAGUUGCUAACCAUGCGGCUGAAAACCUUUCCGUUUUAGAGAAACUGCAAUGUUUACUUUGCAGGGUUAAGACUGCCUCUAGUGGCUGUCUUCCAGACAAAGGCAUGGCAGAGGGACACUGUAGAGUUAUGAAUGCAAUUUUGUAUUUCUAACCUAUGGUGUUUAAGUAACAUAGGCCCCAAUUUUCAUAUUUAUAGAUUUGUUUUUCAAAUUGAUUUUAUUUCCUUCAAAAUAUUAAAAUCUAAAAUUAAAAUAAAUGUUCAAUAUUCUUAAAUGGCUUUAAAAGUUUACCAAUAAAUUUUUAAAUCAUUUGAAAAGUGUAUCCAUAAUGAUUAAUCUGGGCCCUAGUUAGUAGAAACAAGUUUUUAAUUAUUUCAGAAUUUAUUCAGUCCUUCAGUGAAAAGUUUAAUGUAUGCUAGAGAGUUUUGGACCAGUACCACAGAUGUUGCAUUCUAUUAUUCUACUUAAGGCUGGUUGUCACUCACUUUUUGGGGUGUGGCAUAGUACGUCUGUAAGGCACUCCCAUAAUUUUAAGUGUGCGCCAUUGGGGUACCUGUUAUGUGGUACAUUACGUAAAACAAAGUACCGUAUAUACUAGAGUAUAAGCCGAGUUUUUGGCACAUUUUUUGUGCUGAAAAACCCCAACUCGGCUUAUACUCGAGUCAGUCUGUAUUGUGACAACUUACAUUGCCACAAUACAGACCAGGACCGCCGGGCUCAUUACAAGCCCGGCGGUCCUGUUGGGGGCUGACAGUGAGCUGUUACUUACUUUCCUGCAGCUCCUGUCAGCUCCCUCCUCCUACGUGCAGCUCCUCUGUCAGCUCCGUUCUGCUCCCAGUGUAAAUGUCUCGCGAGACUUACACUGUGAGCAGAACGGAGCUGACAGAGGAGCUGCACGGAGGAGGGAGCUGACAGGAGCUGCAGGAAAGGUAAGUAACAGCUCACUGUCAGCCCCCCCACUGAACUGCCAAUGCCACUGGACCACCAGGGAUUUAAUAUUAUUAAGAUAAUAUAAUAUUAAAAUAAUAUUAUAUUAUUAUUAUUUUAAUAUUUGCAUAUAUUUUUUUUUUAAAUAUUUUUUUGUCCCCCCUCCCUGACCAGGCAACAAGCAGGAGGGGGCAAAAAAAAACAUUAAAAAAAAAAAAGAGAGAGAAAGAAAGCAAAUAUUAAAAUAAUAUAUUAUUAAAAUAAUAUAAUAUUAAAAUAAAAAUGCCCUCCCCUCACCCAGUUUAUACACACACACACACACACACACACACACACACACACUAUAAAUAAAUAUUCAAUUAAUUUUAUUGGGAUCUAAUUUUAUUUAGAAAUUUACCAGUAGCUGCUGCAUUUCCCACCCUAGGCUUAUACUCGAGUCAAUAAGUUUUCCCAGUUUUUUGUGGUAAAAUUAGGGGCCUCGGCUUAUAUUCGGGUCGGCUUAUACUCGGGCCGGCUUAUACUCGAGUAUAUACGGUAUGUAUUUUCUUACAAGUAUGUUUAACCGUAUGCAGGUACAUUAACUGUGGAGCAAAUCUAUCAGGAUCGAGAUCAGUUUGCCAAGCUCGUGCGAGAAGUUGCAGCUCCCGAUGUUGGUCGAAUGGGUAUUGAGAUUUUGAGCUUUACCAUAAAGGUAUAAAAUAUUCUUUAACAUUGCUGUGAAGAUGCAUUUUCCUUCUUUCUUGCUAAAAUAUGUAGUGUAUUACACUAUUAUUUAUAUAUAUAUAUAUAUAUAUAUAUAUAUCUCUAUAUAUCUAUCAUUGACACACAUCAAUAUAUCUCGUUUGGAAUUCACUCUAACAUCUACCUUUAAUUGGUGCCAAAUUUGUUGUGCUUUUUGCAGGAUGUGUAUGACAAGGUUGAAUAUCUCAGUUCUUUGGGUAAGACUCAAACCGCGGUUGUCCAGAGAGAUGCUGAUAUUGGUGUAGCGGAGGCAGAGCGUGAUGCAGGCAUACAGGUAAGUACUCCAGAACACAGUGGAUUCUGUGCUGUCAUUGGCACAUCAAAGUGUUGUCGUGCUAUGAAAAUGUAUAUGGCUUACAUGGCCCUAUUUUCACACCAUGGCUUUACUCCUCACUUUCUUCUUUCUAUUUAUGUGUUCCAUGGUGUCUGGGGGUUUUGUGGGUAGAUGGGUGUGCUGAGAUGGUAUAACACACUAUGGUGCUUUCUCUCUAUUAAUCUUGUUGAUAAGCAAUGGGUGGGUGCGGUUGUGUAAGCCAGGUAGUAGCAGGGAAGAGGUGGCUAUCAUGGGCAGAGCACAGCUAGCUUCUUCCCUGCAGACCAUGCUUAAAAAGAAUCCUGGUGGGUUCAGAACUGCAACCUUGGGAUAUUGUGGCCCCUAUAACUAGGUAUAUGACUUGCUAGAAGUGUUGACACAUAAUGCGUAGAAUCGUGAGUAUGACAUGCUGCAUAACUAAUCUUUUUAAAUGAUUUCUUCUUACAGGAAGCAACAUGCAAGCGAGAAAUGCUUGAUGUGAAAUACCUUGCUGACACAAAAAUAGCGGAUUCAAAACGUGCAUUUGAAAUGCAGAAGGCGGCAUUUAGCCAGGAAGUAAAUACUAAGGUAAGUAAGUGCCUCCCAACAAACUGAUGGUAUAUGAUCAUUUUAAAAGACAGAGGUAAAAAAAUAAAAUAAAAAAGGGUAUUUUUCUGCAUUUACUCUGCAUUCCCCAGGCACAUGUUAUAUUACAUAUGUGUGAGGCAUCCACUAUCCAUGAAAUAUUAUAUAACAACCAGCAAGAAUGAGUCUUUAAAAUUAGAUAGUCUUCAUGACUAGUGAUUUAAAACAAAUUCAACCUGAUGGUGACUAAUUUUAAUCUUAACAAAACGCAGAAAACACUAUCCUAAAAUGACUGUUAAAGUGGCUCUGUCACCCUAAACAUGCCUUUCUCCUAAUAUUUCCGCUUUCAUAAUCUGUUCUUAUUUUCUUAAUUUCUACUUUCUCUUUAAAACAAAGUCAAAAUAGGAACUACUUUGUCUUGUGUAUUUUUCCAACGCUUGACAAUUUUUGACAAAGGGUGGAGCUUAAGGCGAGCUCCACUUCCUCUGUCAAGCUAACUUUUCCACAAUACUCGCCCAUAUCCUUUCCUUCCUCCAUUGCCUCGCAUGAUUUUCGAGCUCUGCGCAGGCCUAGUUCCAUUUUGAGCUCUCGCGCUUAUGGUUUAUGCAUGGCUGUCUCCAAAGUGCUUCCCUGUCACAUAAUGUGGGCAAGAGAAGGUAGUGGCUUUAUGUCACUGCCAGUAUUUAAAUGAUGGCGUCGCUGAGAGAGGAUUUGGGCCACAAAGAGGAGCGCAAUUUGAGGUGAAGGCGGUUAUUAAGUGAAAUAUAUUAAAAGGGGAAGUUUGGAGAUACAAAAAAGUUGUUUGACAGUCGCUUUAAGUAGUUUGUGUUUUAUUUGUUUUUAACAGUAAUCUUUCCACCGGGUUGCAAGAAAGCAGGAUCUAAUCAUGUGCUGUACAUGACAAACAAUUCUAUUCUAUCUAAACUUUUUAGUUUUUCUAAUCCUGCAGAAAGCAGAGGCACAGCUGGCAUAUGAACUUCAAGCUGCUAAAGAACAACAAAAGAUCCGCCAGGAAGAGAUUGAGAUUGAGGUGGUGCAACGUAAGAAGCAGAUAGACAUUGAGGAGAAAGAAAUUAUCCGUACGGACAAGGAAUUGAUUGCAACUGUCAGGAGACCAGCUGAAGCAGAGUCUUAUCGAAUUCAGCAGAUCGCUGAAGGACAAAAGUAAGGCAGUGAUUUAACCUCUGUUUUGGCACAGGAUUUGGGGGUUGUAGUUCAGCACCUAGAAGGCAACAACUGAACAUACACACUUAAUAAACAAUGUAUGAAGCUGUUUGGUCACUAUAACAUAGUUUUUGCAUGGUUUGGCAUUUAAAGGGACAUUCAAAGCACCAAAGGAAUUAUAUCUUCAUGCAUUGGAUUUGAUGCUCCCUACAGCCUUCACAGGCAUAAACUGUGAAAAGAUGGUGGGUGGGCUGAAGAAACUUCCCUGGCUAAAAGGCCCAAUAAUGCAAUAUUUUAAGUUUUAUAAAAGUUUACUACAUGCUUUUCAAAGUGUAUUUUGCUUUGGAUAUUUGUUUAAAUGUGGUUUAAAAAGAAAAGUGAAGCAUAUUUCUUUGAAUCCAAGCAAAAUUCUAUCGAUAAAUAAAUGACAAAUUGGCAGAAGAAAAGUUGAUAACUAUUUGCUGUUUCUGACCGACAGAAUUAAAUCAAGACCUAAGUUUGAAAUAUGAGUUUAUUAUUUAAAGGGGCACUAUAGUCACCCAAACAACUUUCGGUUAAUGAAGCAGUUUUGGUGUAUAGAUCAUGCCCCUGCAGUCUCACUACUCAAUUUUUCUGCCAUUUUAGGAGUUAAAUCGCUUUAUGCAUCCAUAGGCACAUCUCCCUGCCAUGUGACUUACACAGCCUUCCUAAAAACUUCCUGUAAAGAUACAUCUAAUGUUUACACUUGCUUCAUUGUAAGUUCUGUUUAAUUUAAAAUUCCUUAGCUCCUGCUCUGUUAAUAGCUUGCUAGACGGUGCAGGAUCCUCCUGCAUGUAAUUAAAGUUCAAUUUACAGAGCAGGAGAUAAAAAGUGCCGUUGAAAAAUAACAUAUUUGACUUCCUUGUCCUUUCUUGCCCAGGGUAAAACAGGUGCUCACUGCUCAAGCUGAGGCUGAAAAGAUUCGUAAAGUGGGAGAAGCAGAAGCUUCUGUUAUUGAAGCCAUUGGAAAAGCCGAGGCAGAGAAAAUGCGGUUGAAAGCAUCCGCCUAUCAACAGUACGGAGAAGCUGCAAAGAUGGCUAUUGUCUUGGAUUGCCUGCCUCAGGUAACUCAAGCAGAAAAAAAUUCCGGCUGCCCCUAUAUUAAUUUGCCCUUUGUUUUGCUCUGUAUGUUCCAUAGUUUUAAUAUUGCAUAGAGGUUACUAAAGUGCAGCAUCACCUCUUAAUUACAUUUAAAGGAACACUCCAAGCAACAUCAGCUGACUCUGCACUGCAGGGCUUAGCUAAGGAGAGCUAACUGAAUCUCCUCGCUCUGCAUUGGCUGUUCUAAAAUGGUUUGACUGUUUAUAUUUGAGGGGCACCAGGCCACCCUUGGCUCCAUAAACCAUACAGGCCGCUCUAGUGAUUAUGGAGCUUGGAUUAUUGACUUUAAAGGGACACUUUAAGCACCCAGACUACUUUAUCUAAUUGAAGUGGUCUGGGUGUAGAGUCCCUGUCCCCUUAAUCCCGCAAUGCAAAACAUUGCAACUUCAGAUAAACCGUAAUGUUUACAUUGCAGGGUUAAGACUGCCUCUAGUGGCUGUUUAGACAGCCACUACAAGCACUUACUUGAUUCACACAGAGUCUCUGUGAAACUACACUGGACGUCAUCAGUUUUCCCGCAUCUUGAAAAUCCCCAUAAGAAAGCAUUGUGUCAAUACGUUACUAUGGGGAAGGCCUAAUUUCUGCAACACCGGAGAAGACUGCGAGUUAUCCAGCGCCGGGGAAGUGGGGAGGAAAAGUUCUUUGUUUUGUUUUUUGUUUUUAAAAAAACAAAAAAACUUUAUUCGCCAGGAGAGUAGGGAGCAGAGGGACCUUUUAGUGUUCCCAACACUAUAGCAUUUCUUUAACCAAAUUUAUGAAUAUUGUGCUCAGUGCCAUAAUGCAAUGAUAGGCACAAAUAAUACGACAAAAACUAAAAUGGCUUUUUAGUGAAAAGACUAUGAUUAAAACUAAAUUGAAAUUUGUUGCCAAAAUUAACACUGACACGCAGAAAAAUACACACAAAAACACAUGUAAAAAAAAUGUUACACACAUGAAAAAGGGACCCAAGAGAUUCACCAACACUCCAGCAUAAAAAAUACAUUUUAUUUCUAAAGCCACAGUGUUCCUUUAAAUGUUAGCAGGUACUUCACUCUGCUUCAGUGCCUGUAGCCAAUCACAUGUGGCAAAUCAGUCAUUGCAAUGGACAGUCUGUCAGGCCACAACUUUUAUCUCUUGACAGUUGUCUUAUAGGUUUUUUUUUUUUUUUUUCUUCUUCUUUCUUUCUUAUUUAGAUUGCUGCCAAAAUAUCUGCUCCUCUGGCAAAAGUUGAUGAAAUUCUCAUUCUGAGUGGAGAAAACAGCAAAAUAACUGGGGAAAUGAAUCGUCUGCUGGCUGAGGUUCCUGCUUCUGUUCAAGCUCUGACAGGAGUAGAUCUGACAAAGGUUGGUAUGCCUAGAUACAUGUGCCUUAUGUGCUCGGCAACAAUAUAUCUUAUCUACUGACUGUGUCUAAGAAACUGCAAAGCCAUCCACUUACUCAAUGUCACAGGGAACAUAUACUUAUCAACCACAACAUUAGAAUCAUCUACCUAUUAUUGUGUAGGUUUCCGUUGUGCUGCCAAAACCACUUUGAUGCGUCAAGGCAUUGGCUCCACAUGACCUCUGAACAUGUCCUGUGGUAUCUGGCACCAACACGUUAGCAACAGAUCCUUUAAGUCCUGCAAGUUUUGAGGUGGGACCACCCAUUAAAUUUUUUUUUAUUUUUUUUUCGCACAUCCCAUAAAUGCUCAACUGAAUUGAGAUCUGUGAAAUUUGGAGGUCAUCUUCCAGGAUCCAAGGUUUCACAACAAAACAUUGGCCAGAACACUGCCUCAGAUGGUGUGCAUUCUGCUGCCAUCCAUUAACACAGCAGUUCUACUCCUCCUAAGUGAAUGGAUCUGCAAUGUGGUUAUAAACUAUUUCUCCCAUAAUCUUCUGCUGUGCAUAGGUUUAUGAGAUAAGCAUUUCGUCCUGUGUGGGAUGGGUGUACACUAAGCAGGUACGCCAAGGGAAACUUUAGAGAUUUGCAAUUUGCGUAAACAUUUACACUUUCCAUUUUACAUUUCUUAAAGUCUGAAUGCUUUAAUUGUUCAUUAGAAUGUAUACUUAGACUUUGAUUUUUUUUUUUUUUUUUUUUUUCAGAUUCCACUGAUCCAGAAAGCUACAGGCUUGGUUUUAUAAUAAUUAGGACAAUGCCAACCCGAUAUGCACUCUACAGUCAAUUGCCUUUGGGACUCUUGUUUUAUACAGAAACGACAGGAUCUGUUAAAUAUCUGGUGCCUUAUGUUUAGGACCAGAAACACGGCUCACAUAUCAUCAUUCUUUAUUCUUUUGAAUUUUCUGUAAUAGUUUUCUGUUUGGCAAAAUGUUUUAUUUUUAUUUUCCUUGUUAUGAAUGAAUUUGUUACCUUGGUGAAAGCUGUUUGCAAGGCAGGAUUCUGGUUUGGCUAGAGUUGGUGCCUCUGUGCCUUUGGGUUCUUUGCCCUGUGGUGUAAUGCUUUCAGUGCUGCCAAUAAUGCUGCUUUUAACUUUAAAUGGAAAAGCUCCAGCCAUUUUCCUAUAAAGAUUGACCAUGGCUCUGACACAAGGCUCCUGCUACUACGAUGUAUAAUUGCUAAUGUGUAUGGGAGCUGUCAAUUCUGUAAUCCAUACUAGAAGUACUCCUAUGCACUGCCAAAUGUUUAAAAAAAAAAAACCUGGAGUUGGCUUAUUGUUGAAUAUCAUAUGAAGAUGAUGUGCUGUGUUAUAUAUCUGUUAUGUGUUUAGCACUGUAUUUGUGUGUGUGUGUACUUACAUUCUACAUAAUCAACACUUUGGGUGCAGCAAUGCACAUGGAAUAAACCAUUGGUGUCCAAAUUUGGCUUUCGAUCUGGUUUUGGACUGCAUUUCCCAUAAUCCUCUGUUAACAGCUGGCAGAACAUUAUUGGAUAUUGUAGUGCAAUGGCAGUUAUAGAGCCAAGUUUGGACACGUCUAUUAUAUAAUGGUUGAUACACAGACAAUCUAUCUUACUCUGCCUUCAGCUGGUGCUCCAGUCUUAUGUCAUGCCUUCAAAGCAUUCGCCUGAACUUUGCGAGCAUGAUUUUGGCUGAAUCCAAAUACAUUGCAUUUGUUUUGUGAUGCUGAUAUACAAUCUGCUUUAAUUCCAUCAUGUUUUCUGAAUUUUAAGUUUGUGGUUUUUAAUUAAAUGUGUUAAGCUGAGAUGCAUGUGUACAACUUUUUAGAACCUUGUAACCCGUGAUGAAAAGAUGGCAGGCACUGUAAUAAAGCAGCAUAACCAUACCAAGUGGGCAUGCAGUUUUAGGGCUAAGAAAUGUUAGAUGUUAUGCCAGAUUCGCAAUGUACACUCUGUUCAUUAACUACUCUAUAUCUACAUGACCACCACAGAGUACAAAGCUCAACUUGAUGUCUGAGUUAGAUGCUGUUGCUUAGCCUGGUUAUAUCCUUAGAAGCAGAUAUCCGUAACUGUCCAUUAAGCCCAUCCUUAUACCAAUCCAAAUCUAUUUUAAAGGACACUGUAGACCAAGAUGAAGGAUAGCUUUAAAACUUUUCACUGGCUGCUGAUAGGAGUGUUUGUGCAGGCGGUAGGGUGUAUCUUCUUGCCUGGUAAUUCCAUGCCUGUUUUUUCUUUUUUUACAAUGUGAUUUUAUUUUUUUAAAUCAACUUCUAUAUAUUGGUGACUUGACUGUUGAAAAGCAUGUGUUUUUUUUAUUCUCUGGAUUUAUUCUUCUAUAUUCGUACCUAAUGAUCUGAAACCACACUCAGUCCAUAGAUGAACUGGCAGUUAAAAUGGUAGUCCUAGCACCAUAACAACUUCGGUGAUUUGAAGCGAUCAUGCUGCCUGGAGUCUGAAUGUGCAGCGUUUCACUAUGAAACACUGCUAAUAGCAAGUUUUAAAACUACAUUGAUACAUAGUUUUUGGGUUUUUUGGGGGGGGGGUUUUUCCACACGUUUGGCUUUUCUCAAACAUUGGUCUGCCAGUUUCCAUCUUUUGCUUAUCUUUAAGAUCGGAUUUUACAUAAAUGGGUUGUCGUUUUUAUAUAUAUAUAUAUCUCUAUCUCUUUAUCUCUCUGGUAUCUCUUCUGGUAUAUGUUGCAAAACAAACCCACAAUUCUGAUUGUCAAGAGUUCACUAUUACCGAACACACAGAAUUUAAGUCAGGCUAAAUAAAUGUAAACCAGAAAUCCUAAAAUGUAUUACCGAAUGGCCAAAUUUAACAUUAAUAGUUGGUCCUACAGGAUGGGCCGAGGUCAGGGAAACCGUGUACGUAAACAAGCAAGAGAUCAAGGAAUACAGAAGUCAGAACAGUCAAGGUACAAGCCAGAGACAAAACACAAUAGAAUACAACACACUCUUGAAUUGCCACAAUGGAAACCACGACCGAGCACAGUACAAAUGCCAGAAUGAGCUUAUUGUAGCGAUCAUGCGAUGCCAGAAUGUGUGUGCGACGUAUCAGUAAUGAUGUAGCACGUUCUCAUCCUAUUCCAAAUGAAGUGUUGCACUCAGGGAACCCAACACCACGCCUGGAACACAAUGGAAGGAAUACGCAGUCACUUAGAAGUAUUCAAAAUCAAAAUCCAAAGGCUUUACAGAGUAGUACAAAUAUGUGCUCGUCCUAAUUAGGACCAGGAAUGGCAGAGCCAUUUAAGGGCACCAAUACGCAGCGGCCAGCAUCGGUAACACCAGACGGGGGUGCUGCCAAAGAGGAAAGAGGCGGGAGCAGCACUCCCCGAACGCCAUGCAGAAACGUGCUGCCCCAUAGCACAUCCUGCGGACGCCAUGACAGGAGUCUUUUAAAUUAUUAAAAUAUCCUUGAAAAACAAGUCUGUUACAUCUGUUAAAUAGUUGGCCAAAUUUAUAUAUACAGCAGUGAGUAUUAUUUUGAAAAAUAAGUUCAGGUAGAAAAUGCCUUUGAUGGUUAACUUUGAGUAUAUUGUAGUGUUUGGUAUGUCUGCAUGAACACUUUUUUUCCCUCUGCUGUUUUUAAAGCUAUUUAAGUAAGAUUAGAUUACUUAAUUUUUGACCCUUAGGACUGUGACGAAAUACAGUAUGUAUUUGAUUAGAAAUGGAACCUGAUUAUAUUUGCCACAUUUCGAACAUGACUCCAGUCUGCAGCAGAGUUAAUUCCUCCAAGAGAACAAGUAUGUCUGCUACAAAUAAAAGUACUCUAUCUUGUUAGCAAAACAGUUGUGUCAUAAGUGGUGUGCCAUAGUAAAAUUGGCCCCAUAGAACUAUGCAAACUGUCUUGCUACAAAAAAUGUCCUAUAAAGGUUUUUGGUUUUUUUAAAAGUAAAACUGAUUUCGCAGUUAAAUUUGUUUCGCUGUCAAAUUAUAUUUGAGGCAUUAUGUUUUAUUGUUGUACUUUCCCUGUGUGUGCGUGCGUGCAAAUGCAUAUACGAAGAUAGAUACUUUUCAUGUAGUGCAACAAUACAACCAUACUACUUGGCAUAGGCUUUUUUUUAUUUUAUUUUUUUUAAUUGCUAGGGACAAAAUGUUGCUACCAAACCUAUAUGAAGGACUGAAUUGUUGAUUUUGAACAAUUUAACUUGGUUUUUUAGAUACACUAUUUGUUUAAACAAAAAAGUAUCACUUUUGUGAAAAUGAUAUAUUUUGUGGCUAGCUGGAUAAUACAAAUAUAUACAGCAAUAUCAAAGUACAGCUGUGUUUCCAUAAUAAUGUAGUAAAUUGGGCCAGUAUUAUUUGAGAACCAUUUGGGUGAUUUACCAGCGUCUCUAACUUGGAAUUCUAAGAAGGAUACUGCACAUUUUAAACUGUACCUUUUGACAACUAAAAUAAUUGUUGCAGGAGAAAGCUGAUGGCAGUUCUAGUAGAAUCAGAGGGACUCCCUAAAUUACAAAGCCAGUUCUUGUAAGUCAAGAAUAAAAUCUGCCUGUUAGUUGUGUAAUAACUUGAUGAAAUUGAUAGGCCGUGCACUUAAAGCGGAAUUGUCACUCCGAACUUUCCUUUUCCAAGUCACUUCCUCUUCUCUUUCCAACUCCUUUCUUUUUUCCCAUUUUUGAUCUAUUUCUAACUAAAAACAUAAGACAAAGUAGGGACUACUUUGUCUUAAAUAUUUUUUUCCUACUCCUGACACGUCUAUAUAAUGAGCGGAGGUACUGUCAUCUGUGACCGUGCUGCUCUAAAAAUACAGUGCAAUGCACCCACGGCCACAAAUUAUUCUUUACAUAAAAAAAAAUUAUUAUAGAGCAUAACAAACUUAAUUUCCUAACUGACGAGCCCAAAUCAUUAAUGACAUCCAUUCAUGCAUUUUAUUACUUUCUAUUAGCUAACCUCACUUUAGGUCAAGUUUUUUUGUUUUUUUUGUUUUUGGGCUUCUUUUAUUGUUACUUAUGGCAUUAAGAAGUUCAGCGUGCAAUGCAAAUCACUGGCAGCAUCGUAUGCCCAUCGUAACUCCGUAUAUGAGUAUUGAUUCAAAUCGCUAAGCUAGAACACUGUAUUUAGCUUUUAUGUGUGUGUAUGUUUUUGUUCUUCAUUUGAAAUCUUCGACCUGGGAAAUAUGUGAAUUCUUUUUUUUUUUUUUUUUUUUUUUAAACUGUGACGACUUUAAGUUUUGAGUUUGUAUUGUGUCACAAAUCGAUCACCCCGGAGGAUCAGUCUUUAAAAAAAUUCAAAAAAAAAUUGUAAUUGCCAGAGAUGGCUGUAAAUAUAGGGAAUUGUACUAAAUUGUCCAGGGAAUUUUACACUUUGAACUAGCCAUAAAAAGCCAUAUAGGAAAAGAAGGCAGUUAAACUUUUUCUUUUACCCCCUCCCAAUUCAGCUAUUUUGUCCUAUAAUUUCAAUUCCCUUGUCAAUUCUCCAGAAUUCCUGGUUUCAUUUAAGGUGUCGCAUUCUCUUCUUGGUACUCAAAGGGUUAAAUAUCUAGCCAGCGGUCAGUUUUAAAUUCUAGAGUUGUAUAUCUUACAAUUAGUGAAAUAUUUCUAUAUAACCCCUGCUGUAUUACAUAAUUAUUGUUGUGUAUUUGAAAUGUGAUGAAAUGUUCAUUUAAAACGAAAGCAGCUGGAACAUAGAUGGGACUUUGAUUUAUACCGGUGCCGAACAUUGAAAGUAUAAAUGGAAGAAUAUAAAUACAGUGCUAGCUGAAUCCAUUUAAAAAAUAAUAAAAUUAUUAAUGCUACCUUGAACCAACCUAAUUAAGGAAAAAUGUUAGUCCAUUUAAAGUGUUUCAGCUGCAUGGUAGUACAGAAUUCUGAGCUUAAAAAAAAUACAAAGGAGAUCGACAAUCCAUAAUACCGGGUUUCACGCCAUCUUUCAUUGACACAUCCAUUGUAUACCUAUUACGGUGCAUAUUGUAUUAGAUCUUUAUUCGCCCUGUCCAUGUUUACAGUUGAACGUGAAACAUUCUCAUACCAUCAUUUCUUUUAAAAUCCUGUCUACAGCCAAUCAGCUGCUUUAUUUGAGGUAUAUCAAUAGUUAACAUUUUAUCACAUUUCUGAUGCAUAACACGUUUUGUUUGAUUUUCAGAAUGUUACCGUGUGGUUUACUGAUGCCCAUGUGUUUAUAUUUCUAGGUGCCUCCCUAAGACCUCUUAUUUCAUCUUCUUGAUGGUUUGUAGUCUACUAUUUUCUCAUAGAUUUAUUUUUGUAAUCAGUCAACGUGUCCAUAAAUUAAGGAAAACACAUAUUUUUGCUGGAACUAUGGAGUUUAUGUUCCAUUCCUAGAACCUUGUAUUGGAAUUGGACAGAUAAAUACAUAAUAUAAGAAUAAAGUGAUAUUCUAGUAUAGAUCUAGGGGAAUAGUUUGUGUUCUGAAUUCACAGGAAUGUUACUACAAAUAACUGUUUGUUUAGUUUUUACAAAUGUUUAAAUAUAUAGUAAUUGUAAUAUUCAUAUGUAUACAUUAUAUAUAAUUUUUAUUUUAUUUUUGUCAUAGUGGUAGUAAAUGCUUAAGUCAUAUAAUAUGCAAGGUUUUUUCACUCGCCCCUGUAUAUUGCAUAGGUUAAUCUUUAGAGGCCUUGAAGAAGCACUUGGAUUUUCAUAGAGAAACAAUCCAUUUAGCACUAAACUAAGAUCCAUGUUUUCACUGUAGAAUGGUGACGUUAUCCUAGUUGGACAGAUUUGAUCCCAGAAUUAUUUAGUAUGUGUGCUUUAUUGCCCUGACUCUCCAGAUGAAUAAUUUCAUGUUUCAUCUUCCCAAUUUGCCUUUUUUUUUUUUUUUAACCAAAUUUGUUAUUUCACUAGUAUCUGGUGACUUGUUCUGUUGCUCUUAACAUUAAAGUUAAGAUCAUAAAUUUGUAACUCUCGGGGUUACAUCAAGAAUCAAGAUACAUUUGUUAUUCAAAGUUGCACCAAUAUUAUCGAAUAUUGAGGACUUUAAGGAGUAGUAGAGAGUUGUGCUUUAAAUUUAGCAUGAUCCAUAUAACUUGCCUUUUAAAAAUUCAAAUUUUUUGAAUUCAGUACAUUUUGAGCUCCUAUUUCAGAUCUAACUAGUAGAUACCCUAAUGCUAAUUAUUCAUUUGAAAACAAUUUUUUAAUUUUUUUUUAUUGGGGUUAGGGCAGUCUUUUUCAAAAUUCCUCCAGAAUUUCUUUUUAUGCAUAACCUGUUUGUUGGUACCUGUGUUUUAAUAAAAUCUAACUGGAUCCAUGCACAGAUAAGAAUGUACCCUCCUAAAGUGACUGUUACAUUCAAGAUGAUAAUUUCACUAUAAAUACAAAAAAUAUAUGUACUUUUUCCCCCCCCACAUAUUAUUGCGUGUAUGCCUUUUAAUGAAUAGCUUUCUGUGUGAAACACACUAUACCAGUUACACCAUAUUAAAGUAUGCUUUUCUCAAUUGUACAGUUAUGUGAAAAAUAUUUUUAAAUAAAUUAGUACUUGUUACAAAAUCAAGUAGCAGUCUAUUAAUCAGAUUUAUAAAAAAUAAAAAAAACACACUCUGUGAUGGUAAUGUUCUGGACUACAAAAUGGCUGACUAGAUCUUACUUUGUUAGUCCAUAGAGAGCUUCGACACGAAGUAAACAAACCGAAAUACCUUUACCUCGCUCUAUUGUAAUUCAACCCCAGGAAAAUCUAUAAAGGAAUGUUAGGACUGUUUCUGCUUCCAUAUUAUCAUAGCUUUAGCCCCUGGGUGUUCGCCCCCCACUACAUGGCAUUCUUGACUGUAACAAAAACAGAAACCUAAACAGUGAUAGUCAUAGUCUUAUUAUUGGAUCUUUCUAGUUCUGAAUUCUACUAUUUUAGGUCUAUAACCGAUUUGUAUUUAAUGAAUAUCGCUGUGCCUUAACAUCCUUCUAGCAUUUUUGAAUUCUGUUCUCUGUUCCAUAACAAUUUCUUUUAUAAAAAAAAAAAAAAAAAUACAUCCGUCACUUGUUAUCAAGGCUCACUCUGGUAUAAAUUCUUUGAAUCUUCCAAGUAAUAGUUGUCUGGAUUGAUGUUUUUUAUCCGAGUGGCCUUCCCAACAAAAAACUACAUAUCAUUUCCUUAUCUUUAUAUCACCCCAUAUUUAUAUUCUACAUUUUCCUUCAAUCAUAAUACUGGGAGAUGUUUGCUAUCUUAAUGUUAAAUCCUGUGCAGUAAGAAUUGUGAAAUCUGUGACCUCAGAAAAAAAAUAUUCAGGAAAGCUGAGAUGUCCAGAUAUGUAUUGGAUUAUUUGUACUAUAGAAAACACUCAAUACUCUUUGUAUAAGACUGUUAUUGUGAAUCCACAAUAUCUGCAUGUGAAAAUAAUGUGCACGUCAUACAACAUGUGAUUUGUGCUAAUUGUUUCUGUUGUGACCCUAUGCAAGUAUUUCAUACCUCUGUAAUAAAAUCCCAAUCAGCUGAAAUGGUUUCAUGUUCCGAGUUAUUUCGUUAACAAGUACGAACACAAAUAUAUUGAUAGUAAGGAAACGCAACAUGAAAGGGUGAACGUGUAACAAACGCUUUUAAUUUGC